UUUGACACUCCCGCGAUACCUUGAGGGAUCUCGCGAUACUUCACGCUCUUCAUUCGAGCUAAAGUGGAGGGAUUUGUGAGAGUCUGGUAAGUGAAGCUAACACGUUAGCUUAUCUAGAGUUUAACUUAUCUAAAACUUACUCACUGCUGCCGGUAAACAAGUCAACACCGAGGUGAGGACGUGUCUCUCUAAAUGUGUUCAAAGUCGACUAUAACUGUGUGUUUGUUUCUUUAUAUUUAGCUCUAUUGAACCCUCUGGAUAGCUAAAUGUACUAACCCUGACUCCUAAAAUCAACGUUACCGUCACGACAAACGUCUAUUUAGACAUAAAGAGAGACUAAAGUCACACACAGAGACUCUAUAAGAGCAGGUUUUACUCAAAAUUACAAUUAGAUCGUUCGUCGUAUUUGAGAGUGUUGAGCUAACUUGGAGAACUUGUGUGUUUGUGUUUGUGUACACUGGAGCGGGCUGUGUGUCUGUUAUCGUUACAUAACAAUGUGUGUGUUGUGUUUAUUACUAUCCUGUGUUGUUUGUUCAGACAGUUAAAAAUAUGAAGCUGCAUAUAUAUAUAUAUAUAUAUAUAUAUAUAUAUAGUAUUAGUGUUAUUUGUAAGUGUUAUUUACAGCUGUUAUGUACAUGUUUGAUAUGUUACAACUUUAUUAAGACACAAUAAAGAAAAUGCAGAUUUUACAUGUGAACCAGUAGGGGAAAGCGGGGUAAAAUGAGCCAUUUUUCAUAUUUCAGAUCACUACAUUAAGCCAAUCCUAGUUUAGUCACUAACUAGUGUAUCUGCAGAUAUUUCAGGAUGUUGUUCAUCCCUGCAAACCAACAGAAUGAGUGUAAACAGAACUGUAAUCUUGAUAAAAUAUGCCCCCAAAAAAGUGGUCUUCUAUGGUCAACUUACCCCGUGUAUGGGGUAAGUUGACCAUAGAAGAAGGGCCAUGGCCAGAAGGUAACAGAUUGUACUCUGAGCAGGGAGGAUGGUCAGAAUGAACCAAUGAAGACACAAUAAGACAGGGGUGAUGUGAGCAGAUUAGGGCGAGUCUGUGAGUUUUGGACAAACUGAAGUCUUUUAUAUCGUCGUCUUAUUAAAACAGAUGAACAGAGAAUUACAGUAAUCAAUACUACCCAAUACCCUACCACCCCAGCCCUCCCUAACCUUCUCUCUCCCUAAAUGUGUUCAAAGUCUACUAUAACUGUGUGUUUGUUUCUUUACAUUUAGCUCUACUGAACCCUCUGGAUAGCUAAACGUACUAACCCUGACUCCUAAAAUCAACAUUACCGUCAGGACAAACGUUUUGUAAAAAGUCAUUUGAACAUGAGAAUGUCUUUCAUCAGACUCCUUUACUUUCUCAGUUCCCCCUGAAAACGUUCGUCGUAUUUGAGAGUGUUGAGCUAACCCGGAGAACUUGUGUGUUUGUGUUUGUGUACACUGGAGCGGGCUGUGUGUCUGUUAUCGUUAUAUAACAUUAAUGUGUGUGUUUUGUUUAUUACUAUACUGUGUUGUUUGUUCAGACAGUUAAAAAUAUGAAGCUGCAGCCAUGUGCUUCUAACCUUCACAGACUCCAUGAAUUGAUGCCCAUCUCCUAAAUAUUUGGUCACAUGAUCAAUUUCUUUGACCCCCCAGUCUCAUCCUGUUACUGGUUCAUAACUUUAUUAAGACACAGAGAAAUAUGAUGAUGUUGUUCUGUUCUUCUUUCGUUUGCACUUUAACUCCAGAGACCCUCAACAUGGAUUUAGGGGAUGACACCACAUCAAGUCAAUCCUAGUUCAGUCUCUAACUCGUGUAUCUGCAGAUAUUUCAGGGUGUUGUUCAUUCCUGCGAACCAACAGAAUGAGUGUAAACAGAACUGUAAUCUUGAAAGAUGAUAUGAAAAUAUGACCUCUGCACUGACCGGUACGUCCUUCUUUGUAGUUGUUGGAAGCAGCAGACAGGGUUCACUCCAACACCGGUACCUUCAGCUGGACCAGGAGAAGAAGCAGAUGGAGCUGAGUCACAAACGAGCUCGGUUUGAACUGGAGAAAGCUGCUGCUGACAGAACUGAAGUCUUUUAUAUCGUCGUCUUAUUAAAACAGAUGAACAGAGAAUUACAGUAAUCAAUACUACCCAAUACCCUGCUUUUAGCCUCUGGAUGAUCAGUCACUUCUUCACAGUCAUGUGUAUUUUUAUCUAUUAUACACUAUUUAACUGGUACAAUAAUUCUUUUAUUAUUAUUGAGUAGAGACAUGAGAGGAGGAGAAGAAGAAGAGAGGACAGGAGGAGUCUCUUACCAGCUCACUUUAUUAACAAUGUUAUCUAAUCAAACAGAAGCUCAGCUCUUUUCUCUCUGAAUAUGACUUUCAUUAGUCCUUGAAGAUAAAAUGGUGGACUUUUAGGUUUUUGACCUCAUGUGUGUCCCUAACUUUAAUGAGCUCUGAGAUGGACGAGACAACGCCGUCCGACCACGAUAACGUGUUUCUUGGAUAUUUGUUAGGGGUGUUCUGACAAGGGUACAUCAUGAUUUGAUUAUUGGAGCUUUGAUUCUUCGAUUAUAAUGAUUAACCCCUUCACCCAUGUGCUUCUAACCUUCACAGACUCCAUGAAUUGAUGCCCAUCUCCUAAAUAUUUGGUCACAUACAAGAUUGACUUUGUCUUCAUCUGUGGCUGCAUUUGUAAAUAAACAACCUAUCAAUUAACUCAGCACCUCAUUAAGUAAAUAAUAAGUUUUUUUGAACAUUUAACAUGUAUUUUUCAAAGACACAAAUGACACCACCGUGAUGUAAACAUUUGAACUUUGACCUACUGAACUUAAACUGAGAGGUUUGGAGACAGUCUCCAGGACGGUCGUCUGUGUGGCAGGUACGACUGGGGGAACCUUCUCUGUUUGGGGAUAAAAGCGUAGAAGGCGCUGCCUCGUGUUUGUGGUGUUGCUGAGGUUCUUUAUUGUUGCAAAUCGCAGAGGUCUUAUCAGUCAUCUUGUUUUCUCUUUCAUAAAAUCUAACGUUCUUCCACACGGUUGCAGUCAACCCCCUGUGGUGAGAGAAUCGGCCGCUCUUCGGAGGCUGCUGAAGCUGUUUGCAAAGAAACUAACCUGCUCUGUUUGUUGUGGUCCCACUCACCAAAUAGUCCGGGCGGCACACAUUAAGCUUCCAGUUAUGUGUUCUUUGUUUUUUUUUGUUCCGGCCUUGUGGCAAAGCAUCAACGUUGUUAUUUAUUUAUUCGUUUAUUUCUUUAUUUUCUCAAGCAUCCACAUUAAUGAAUCGAUGCCGCAUUGUCUUGCGAAACAUCACGAUGCAUUGACACAUCUGUGAAUUACACCCACCUCUAGUAUUUGUGACAGUAGUGGGGCUGAAGCACGUUUGCAUAUUUAAAUGUAAUAGAUACAGACACUUCCUGCACAGCGGUCAGUUUCUCCAUGUUUUUAAACGAGGGGUGAGUGAUUUCUGAUUGACCGUACUGUCGAUUAAACCGGGACAAUGAGGAGGGAGUAACCGUAUGAUGUCUUUCAUCCUGCGAUAUGACUAGUAGGUCUCAGGCAACUCAUAACUUUUAUAAACGCAUUGACUCACUUGAACGCUGUCAGUAAUUUGAAAUGCCUUUUGUAGUUCAAUCAUUUCUGGGAUCAGUAUGAUAAACCUGCAAAAUCAUUUUCAAAACACCCCAAAGCAUCAGGAGUAAUUGAUUUUCUUUAAGCGGUGAUAUCAGCUGAAUAAUUCCCUUUGUAGUGUCUAUAUUUAGGAAUCUAUGGAUGACAUAGAAGAACCAGAGCUUGUAAGAUAUCUGAGGAUGUUUCUGGUCUCCAUAGUGAUUAUUCCUUAGAUAUAAAAGGAGAAACACGAUAUCGAGAUGAUAAUUAAAAUGAUUUUUUUCUCAUCUAAAGAAUCGUCAUCAGAAACCUCAUUCUCAACUUUUGUUGUUUCAGCACGAGGUGGACAGGAACCAGGAUCUGUUAGGAAGGAUCAAGAAGCUGGAGGAGAGAGAGACGGACGCAGCGAAGAACCUGACGGAGAAGGAGGAGGCGAAUCGCUCUCUCCGUAAAAACCUGGACGGCCUGAACAAGAAGCUGGAGGAGAGAGAUGCCAGACUGAACACUGCCAACCAGGUACACACACACACACACACACACUUGCUCAUCUUGUCCUUUGUUUAAAGUUGAAUCAUGUCUGUUAUCUGUUUCUAGACCAUCAGCUCUUGUAUGGAUGAGAUCAGAGAGCUGAAGCAGAAGAGUCAGAACCAAGAAUUUACUAUUUCCUCUCAGACUUUGGAGAAUCAGGAGCUGCAGGAACAGUUGGAUUUACAGCGGAGGUACGCACACACGCACACACACACACACACACACACACACACACACACACACACACACACACACACACACACACACACACAGACACACAAACCAGUACUACUGCUUACUGAGCUCUUUUUCAUGUAAAUGAAUGGUGUGCUUUACUGUAUGAGAUGGAUGCUGACUGUACAGUUCUGUCUGUUUGGGAUUAUAAUCAGAAAGUACCAGGAAGUCUCCCAGCUCUGCCAAAGUCUCCAAGCUGCCCAGUCCUCCUGCUCAGUGCACCUCACCAAAAUAAAGGUACUCUUCCCACAGAGCACAGUACAGAACACCAUGACUGUCGACUACAUCGACUCACUUCAUCAUGACGACGACACAUUAUUAUUAUCAACAUUUAACUGUCAACAUUAAGAUCAGUCUUUUCUUUGAGGUUAAAAACUGCUGCUUUGGCUGUUUGGAGGUCAGUGAUCACCUGAACGCUGCCGAAAUGUCAUUUUUUCUUUUUGACAUUUGACAUUUUCCAAGACAAAACUAUUCAAUAAGAGAAAUGUUUAACUCAUUCAGUACCAGGUUCAUUUACGCAGUUUUCACCCAGUGCCAUCAUCGACCACAAUAUAAAUUUCUGUAUCUUUCAGGACCAACAAAAUAUCUUGUUGCUUGGACUAGAAUUAAGUUCAAUAUCUCAAAAGAAAGGAGUGAUUCUCUUCUUUCACCCGAAAAAAUUUUUUUUUCUGUAGUUCAUCUCAUCUCUAGCACUGCGCCCACGAGAGCCGAUGCGCCGAGACCGUUAGCUCUCGGAUAAUGACUUUGACAUUUUUGUAGAAAAAAACACUCCACAACUCAGCUGAUGAGCACACUUCUCACUUGCGAGUACUUGUUUUUGUUAUUGUAACAUGGUUAUGACUUAUUUGUCGACUUUUCUGCGUUCAGAACGACCCCAGACUUAGUCGCGUGUUGGGGAGGAGCGCCCUCUGGUGGAAAACAAAAAAACUGAAAAAUCUGUCCAAAUGCAUCAUUGGCACUGAAUGAGUUAAAUGCAGAAAAUCAGCAAGACGAUAAGGGAAUACAGACGAUACUCAUGCCAAACUCCUCACAGAGCUUCUGUGGAUUUACAGCAGAAAAAAAAAAUGUUUUUUUUUUUUAGUCUGGUGUUCGUUAUCGGGUCCGACACCUACCAGCAAAUAGAAAUUGAUUACAGUGAAAUGAUCAGUCUUUCUGCUGAUGAUCACCACAUCUCUUUGGUUUGAUUUCCUGUAUUAUUUUUAUAUUUCGAUAAUCAAAUAGCAAAGUUAAUUUUCAGUUCCAGUUUUCCAAUAUGUCCAUAAAUUAUGUUCAAUGUUAUAAAAGUGUUCUACUUUCAGAGCUACACCAAAGAUGUCCUCACUCUAACUUGGUGCUUGGUGGUAAAAAUCUGUAUUUUCUGAAUCUUCAUUUUUAUUUGACUGAAAGCUGAAACGUCCUCUAACUGGUUCAGUCAGAGCAGACACCAUUGAUUCCUCUUUGCAAACUGGAACUGAAAGAAAAAAAUCCAUUUUUUGUCUGGAAAGAGUUUCCUCAAAGUCUUGAUUUUAUUAUGAGUUUAUCGAACUUUUGAGGAACACGCGGUGGAGCUAAUAACCAGCUGUACUCAACCUGAAAAAUAAGAUGUGAAGGCUGCGGUUGUAGUGGUGCUAGCCUUCUGCUAUGGUCGGUUUGUGAUAUUACACAGACAGCCUUAUGCAUGAUUGACCAGCUUUUCUUUUUUUACUUAUUCCUGUCAUCCUUCAUUAAAGUACAAACAGAAAAAUACGAGCUGCAGUGUCCUGGAAAGAAGAAACGCACAUGGUUUAGACUGAAAUGACAGAACGAUAAUGAGCAAGAGAAUAUAUAACACACACACACACACAGACACACACACACACACACACACACACACACACACACACACACACACACACACACACACACACACACACACACAUAUGAUACUCUUAUAUUACUCUAACAUUAUUGCAAAUUAAUUUACUCUCCAGAUUUAAGUGCAUCGUCCCGCUAAGACGACUUCCUCUCUUCUUUUUCAGUUUCAUGUUAAAAUCACUUCACUGUCUUUAUGUUUGUCCUCCAUGAGUGUUUGAGAUAUUCUCACACUGAAAACACAAACUGCUGCUUUUCUAACCUUUCUUUCUUUUCUUUCUUUGUUUUUUCUCUCUUUCUUUAUAUCUCUUUUUCUUUCUUUCUUUCUUUCUUUCUUCCUUUUUUCUUUCUUCUUUUUCCUUUUUCUUUUCUUUCUUUCUUUCUUUCUUUCCUUCCUUUUUUCCUACUUUCUUUCUUUCUUUCUUUCUUACUUUCCUUCUUUCUUUCCUUCUUUCUUUUUUUCCUACUUUCUUUCUUUUCACUCUCUUUUCUUUGUCUUUCUCUCUCUUUCUUUUCUUCUUGCUCUUUUUUCUCUCUUUAUUUCUUUCUUUCUUUCUUUCUUUCCUUCUCUCACUCUUUCUCUCUCUCUCCCCCCCCUCUCUCUCUCCCUCUCUCUUUCAUUCUUUCUUACUUUUUCCCCCCUCCCUCUAUCUCUCUCUCCACUUCACCGUUGUGAAAUUAUGGGGUAUUCGGGGUGCUCUGUGUUCGGUCAUGAAGAACUCUUUGGUUUUAAAUUUCUGAGAGUCGUACGUACUGGUCAUUCUGUUUUUUUUGUUUUGUUUUUGUUUUUUGUUGUUGAAGUGAUCCGCUCUGUAGCAUUUUAAAUAAAGGGCUUUUUAAGAUAAAAAAAAUCUCUCUCUCUCUCUCUCUCUCUCUCUCUCUCGCUCUCUCUCUUUCUCGACAGGAGUUGGAGAGACGUCUGGCCCUCCAGGAGCAGGACAUCGCCAUCGUGAAGACGGUGAAGUCAGAGGUGGCCAAAGUGCCGGACCUGGAGAAGGAGCUGAAGCGCCUCAGAGAGGAUAAUUCCUUCCUCAGGUCAGACUCUGAGGUUUUUUUUUAUCUCUUUCUAAAAGGUUCCACUUCUGUCACCCUUCUGUAACAAAAGAACUCUGACUUUAUUUCUUCACACUUUAGUCCAGUGAGACACUCACAGUCCUCCACACCAACAGUUUGGCAGGUUUUCACUCCAGACUAGAAGAAAUUUGGGAACAAAAAGAACGACUUGUUCAGGAAUGAAAGAUAUCAAGUGAGACAGUGAGAAAAAGUUUUAUUCGUGCAUCCAUUUCUUGCUUAUUUACAAUGGUAGUAAGGUAGUAAUAAAUUACAUUUUUUGCUCCCUGUAACAUCAAAUUAACUGCAUUUAAAGAGCGGUCAUCCUGAGCAGCUGUUUUCCAUCAGCUGUUUCUCCUUAAACUUCAGUCGUGUAUUAAAGCUGAGAAAAGUUGCAGCAGCUGUCCAGGAGCUUUAAAGAAAUCAUUGAGUUGACUGCUCUCGAUAACCUGCUUCUUGACGUACCUGAACACCUGAGCUAAUGAUCUACCAGGGGCUCACUGUACUUGGUCUAGCUGUGUGAUUUCCCAGGUGGAGCCUUGUCUGAACUGCAGAGCUUCAGAGGAGCUCCUCACUGAUUCUACUCACAUUAGCUUCUUCACGUCAAGUGUACUCUAAGUUUUGUUCUCAUGUUGGGCCGUAGACUGAAUAAUAAAUGGAAAAAAGUUCAGUGGUGUUACACGCCUGUUUCUGAAGAGAUGUGUGGAAGUCAGGAGAGGAAGAAGGAUGUUAAAUGUUCGAUGAUCCACCUAACAACACAGUUUCCUCUCGUUAUAAAAACUUAAACUACUUCAGUCUGAGUUUUGUUAUUACUGUCUUAUUUGAGCUCUUUCUCGUCUCCUUUAUUGUCAAACUUUUAUUAACAGAAAUUAAAACUGCAGCACCAAACUUUUAGGUCCGUAGUAAGAAGGGUUCAUAUCGAACAGGAGACCUCUCUCCUAAAUUAAAAACAGCAGAGACGUACCGUAGGACCUCUUUCUGCUGCAGGUUAUCAGACGAGUGAUCGUCUAAAUCAUUGAUAAUGUCAAACUAGUCGAUUGUUUUUUAUUAUCCAGUUAUCUUCUCUGUUAUUUUCCUUUCUUUCUAAACAUCACAGGAAAGUUUCGGUCAUCUUCGCGUCUGUGACUGCAGACAUGAACCGCUUCGUUUCAGCUUCUGUUUCCUAUGCCGCCACCAUCCCUUCCUCCAACCACGAGCUUUGGAUUCUGCAAAUUAACACCAUUGUUGUUGGUGAAUUAAGCCUGAAAUAGUUUUCUCCAAACUGCUGAGCCUCUCGGGUCUCUCUCCGGUAAAACUCACAGACCUGCUGGUGCUGAUGAUGAUGAUGACGAUGAUGAUGAUGAUGAUGUAGUUUCCACACACGGCUAUUUUAAACGCAGAGGAGCUGAUUAGACCUCCUCUAAGGAUCGGCUCUUUGUCACCGAUAUCGAUCUAGCUUUUCAGGUCAGUGUCUGGCCGAUACCUGCUACCAGGAUCAGGAUCAGAGCUUCCCUGGACUCAAACCAACUUUUGUUGGACCUGAAAGAGGCGGGGUUUGAGCCUCCUUUAAGUCAGGUUAGACAUGCUGCUGAUUCGCCGAUCUUAUACCCUUAAUAACUUUGUAAUAAACGCGUCUAACAACAAUUCAAUCCUUUACAGCGGAUGCUGUUGGAGCCCUAAACUAUUCAGACCAAAACGUUUUUUGUAAACGUGUUUAUUUUUGCUCUAAAGUGAGAUCCUGUCGUGCGGCAUCUGAUUACAUCGUUUCAUGAGCGAUAACAUCUGCUCAGAGAUUAUUCGCAGCUGAAACAGUGGUAUAAAAAGAUUAAUUUCUUGUUUCUGCGGUCUGUUUGAUCCUUUUUGGAGAGAAACUUCAUGUAAGCCGGGGUUUAAAAAUAAUCAGAUUAAUGCGGCGCAGGUUCAUAUGUUGCAGAAUUUCCUGUAUUAUCUUGAUAAUUCGCUGUAAUCUAAGUGGUCUGCUUAGAUAAAGCCGCUGACUGGGAUUGAGUGUGGUUGUAGUCGGGGAUUAAAGGUGUUUCAUUUAAAGUUGAUUUGAGUGUUUUUCUGACUCCAUCCAGGGAGAGCCGGGAGAACUGCAGCCUGCUGAAAGAGGAGGUGGAGGGGCUGAGGAAGAAGCUGGAGAGGAUGGAGAAGAUUAAAGAGGAGCUGGUCAACAUGGAAAUAGAGAAAGAGGUAACUAUAUCUGUGUCUCCACCUGAUUUCAAGGUGUGUCUGUGGGUAUUUCUGCAGAUUCAGAUGAACAGCAUGUGCAGAGUCCGGCUGAGAUGUUGAACCAGAAAACCUUCAAGGCUAUUGGUCGAAAUUCCUCCACGCCAGAGGAGCUCAACGCAGCCAAAGUCUGAGCUCUGUGCAGGUCCAAUUGAUUCCCUCCAUAUUGGGCUGCUCCAGUUGUGCCAUUUAAGACCCGGCUUUGUGCGUUUGAGCCCCAGACCUGGUCCUGCUGAACCAUCUAAGUGGCUUCCUGUGGAGGUUACACAAAGAGAAGAAAUGCUGUAUUGGCCCAAAUGUCUUUUGUACGAUGAAGCAUUAAGAAGAGCGCCGCUGUGAGGCCUCGCCAAAGCCGGGACAGCUUCCCCUGACCCAGAUUCGACCAUUUGGUGGGUCUCUUCACGGCUACAGAGUCCAUUUGCUAGUUGAACCCAAAAAACUGAGCAGUUCUUGGUGACGUAAAUCCUGCAGAGUUACUCAGCUGUAAAACGAGGGCUGUCAGUUUGUCAAGAAAACAACUUCAAAUGAAUAUCGGACAUGACAUGCACAUGCUCAGAAACGCUUGGAUUCUGCAGUCUGAUCAGUGAUGGUCUUUUUCACAGCGUCUGGUCAGGGUCAUUAUCGAGGAGUCAGACAGCCGCUUUGUGCAGUCGUGACAUUCAGCCCCGUCUUUGUCCUUUUUUUAAUCGAGGUUUUCGACGCCAAAGUUCCUCCACGCCGCGCCUCUCAGGUGUUCGGUGCAGCUUUGCUCCACCGUGUCCUCACUGUAGUCGUCAGGUUACAGUAAGAGCACCUUCUUCUGAGUUUUACAGCCAGAGUUGGUUCCAGUUUUCCAUAAUGAGUGGCAGCCCCACCUUACUGCAGCUCCAGAAGCCCAGUUUGUGCGCACAUGCUGCUCCACAGUCAGUUUUGGACUCUGUAGUGAGUAGUGCGCCAGAUCGUGGGCAAAUCGUGGCGCUCUGCAGCUCUCGUUGGCCACGCUCUGUGAGAGUGGGUGAGCUGUUAUUGCUCCCAGGUGCUUUCACUUCAGAACUGCAGGAUUUAUAUUCAGCCAGACCAAACUAAAACCAGACUAAAUCCACUAUUUAUGUCUUCAGAGGCUGAAGUCUUUUUGAUGGACAGAAAACUUUAGAUUCUCACGUGUCCCAUAAUCGUAACUGUUUUGUUUCCAUAGUGAUAUAUUAACAUCGACUCAUCAUUACAUCCAUACAGAAGAAUAAAUAUGAGACAUGAGAAAUUAAUGACUUGAAUAGAUUAGAUAACAACCCUCAAAGCUUCAAUAGACGUCUGUGUAGGGCUGGGCGAUAUGGCCUCAAAUCAAUAUCACGAUAUAUUGAUCAGUUCACCUCUAUAACGAUAAAUGGACGAUAACUACUCCACAAACUGCUCACCCCCUCCCACAUUAACUUCGUCUACUUCAGCCGCUCCAACUUUCUCUCCGUCCUCCAUCUCCUCACCUGGAGUCACGUCUCUGAUGUAGGACAGCGUCUUAAAGGGACAUGAGACCACAGCCUGACUACACACAUCCAACAACAACUUUGAUUUAUUCAUUUAUUUGAAACUGAAAAUACCAAUAUGGGCAAAAUGACGUUGGUUAUUGUCGUAAAUUUCACUAUCUUUAAAUUUUCGGUUUAUCGCCCAGCCCUAACAGUAAAUAUUUGUUAUGUUUGUUAAAAGUCAUGAAUUCUGACCAAACUUCCUCUCAUUGUCGGUCAAAAUGAAUUAUAAGAGUUGCACAUCAAUCAGGGUUAUUACCGUGAAAUUAAAACUAAUAAAAUGGCAAAAGCGAGAAUUAAAAAAACAUUUCCGUUAUCUAAAAUAAGUCGAAAGUCAAAAUUCAAAUCACCCGAUGCUGCACGAGCACAAAAACAAAAUCUAAACUAAAACUAAUCAUCGGUAUCUGUUUAUUUUCAGUUUAUCGCCCAGCCCUAAUUACAAACUUACAGCAGAGUGAAAAUGAGACUUGAGAAAAUAAUGACAUGAACAGAUUAGAUAACCACCCUCAGAGCUUCAGUAUACAUCUGUGUUUACUCGGUUUAAGUCCUGCGGUGUGUGGCAUCCUUGAACGAUCUGUUUAGCAUGCAAACCACCCGAACUCUCACUCCCUCUCUCCCCCGACGUCUCCCCCCCCCGUUGCUGCCACUUGCUCGCUCCUUAUCAAUAGCUGCCGCCGGCUGAUAAAUGCUAUCAGCUUUAUUAGCUUGUCCUUCAUCCUCUGCUGCAGCAAUCCCAUUUGACACUCUAUUUUCCUGCCGUAUCACUGUUAUUGAACCUUCAGAAUAAAACUGAAACUGAUUUUUGCUUCAUUUUGUUUUCAUACUCCACGAGUAAAUGACAACCCCCACCUCUGACUUUCUCCUGUGUUCAUAUUAGCACAUAUGUUUCUGUUUUAAUAUUUACGUUCAGUUAUUGCUGCUCUAAUUAUACACAUUCAAAUAUGGACGCUCUUGUUUCUUUGGUUUCUAGCGGCUGACAGAGAAGCUCCAGGCCUGGGAAAACCUGGGACAGUCUUCAGGACUCAACAUCAGGUGAGGUUUGGAGUCAGAAUGGGAGACUGUAGAGGUUUGGUUUUUGAUGCACAAGAGGACUCACCACUAGAUGGAGCUGUGGUCACACUGAAUAAAUGUGCAACAUCACUGUGGAUUGAUCUCACCAGCUUGUAUAGGUUUGUGUGUGCGUCUGUGUGGGCGAGGAUUUGUUUUCUACAUGCUGUUGUGUGCGUUAUCGAGUGUUCGUCUCUUCAUCUCGUCUAAAAUGGUAAUGAGAGAGUGAUUGCAUGUUUCAUUGUGACAGACUAUUAACACUGCAGCCCCGUCUAUUCAGCGCAUGCAUGAACACAAACAUGAAUGCACAAACACUCACUGUUUCUCUAUGAUUAACUCGGGCUGUGUUAACUGAAUGUUAAACAGGGCACAGCCGCACAGUGUGUGUGUGUGUGUGAAGUUCGUCUCAUCCCCUCCGUGUGAGUGUGUGUGUGUGUGUGUAUGUUACAGCACCUCCCUGCAGGGCAACAAGAAAAGGAAAGACAUGCUGUCAUAAUUAUGAAAUGCAAUUUUGACUCAUGGAAGGUUUUCAGGUCUUAUGUAAUGUGUUAUGGCAGCUGAUAGCAUUUGUUCAAUUUACCAUUAUUAAAAGCCCCGGGAGGAUGAGUGGAAAUGUAAUACCAGCCUCAGUUUAAUUCAAACAGUUAUUGGGUCGAGCUGUCCGUCAUUUUCCCCCUAGAUUUAAGUCAGGCUCAGCUGUCAUCCUGAAAUUGAGCUGAGAAAUUUAAACCCCCUCUCAGAAUUCAGGUGCCCGGCGAUUGGCUGCCUGAGCGCUGUUGCUGGGAAAAAAAAACAACGAGAAAGCUGCGUGGCGCAUACGCCUUCUAAAGGGCAGCCAUAUGUGUGAGGCUCAUACUGAUCCAAAGUAAAGGUUAAUGCAGCUUGCAAAUCAACAGUUAGCAACUCCUUCAAGCUGUUUUUACUGUUUACUAAAUGGGCCCAGCUUAAUUGUCAGGAUGUGGUUUCCUGAAACAGUCCUGGGUGUUUCACUCAGCAUUCAGUUCACCUUCGCUCCCCUCACUUGAAAAUGAGUAUUGACUUUAUGCUUUAGCAGUGCAUUGUGAUUGCCUUAUAGGCUGUUGGGCAGUCAUUAUUUCAUCAUUUGUACUGUGCUGAACAUUUUCAGGUGAGUAAUUAUUACAUUUAAGAGAAAACUAAGAAAUCUUUUUUUUUAAAUCUUGGUUUAUAUUUUUAGAGGAAACAUUUUCUGUUUAUUUUGAGCUUUCAUUAUGUCCACCUGUAGAGGAGCUUCACAUGAUUUCCAGCGCAAAAAAACUCCUUAUUUAUCUGACCCAGGGCUGCACGAUUUUGGCCAGAAAAAAAAUCCAGAUUUUUUGGGGGGGAUUGUUGAGCAGGUUUAAGAAGAGUGCCUGCCUCGUACAGAUUUUUAAUGAGCCUCGCUAAAACGGGAAAUUAUUCAGUCUUCCUGGUGAAAUGCUAAUUAUCUAUUUGGUACAUUUAAGAAAACCGACUAAUUACAUUAACCAAACCUCCAAACACGGUUGUUUUGGAGUCAUAGGGAGCUCAUACUGUUUAUCUGAUCUGUCUUAUUUCAACACUAGGGCUGAACGAUUCUGGCCAAAAAUAAAAUCCAGAUUUUUUUCUCUGAAAACUCGAUUUCUUUUUUUUAUUCAUUGACAACUUCACGAAAACUUCACUUUAAUUCGUUUUUCUAUUGGCUCUCAAAACCAAACCACUGAAAACGAUGUGGUGCAAUCGUCAAGCCAGUAAGUGGCGCUGUAACGUUGCCUGUUUAUGACCAUGUGUCACAUGAUCAUUUCCAGAGAUGCAGAUGGACAUCCACACGGAGAUGGUCGUCGUUUACAGAUUUAUUCACUCUCUGACCCGUUUUCAAAAAGUACCGUUUACUGUCACCUGAAACGCCGAUUCGACAAAAAACUUUAGCGUCUCCUCCUGAAUUUGUUUCCGUGGUGACGGGUUGAUACCACCUUCAGAUUUUAAUUUUGUUGAUAUUGUCAUAAUCAAAUAAUCCGAUUAUGAUUUAAAAUCGAUUUAUCGUGCAGCCCUAAUCUGACUCCUUAUUACUCCACUUCUCGGCCUCAGCCUGAAAAGCUGAUUUUGUCUUUUCCUUCAGUGGUACAGAGUUGGUGGGUGUUACUCUUUACACAGCUCAGUAGCCCAAAAUCAACUCAAAGGUUAUGUCAUCACCUAAAUCCUCUGAUGGAAGCUGUUAGCGCCCAAUUAGCUUAGCCUUCACCCUGUUAGCGUAUGUUAGCUAGGUUAUAGCGCUACAUAGCGCUUGUGGUUAUGAUCCUUUGUCGAGGGUCUGUGAUGGAGUGAUGCUGCGAUGAUGCCAUCUCGCCAAAAGACAUCUUCAAUACCCAGGCAGGAUAAUCCAAAUGCAUUGUGGGUCAUGUAGUUUAUGUAAUACAAACCUCUGUAAAGCAGCAUAGAUUUGUGCUUCAAAUAAGAUGAUGUUCUGGGCGGGAUUCACCUGCAGACCUUGUGUUUGACGUGUGGACUCGUAUAUCAGGGUUUUACAAACUAAAAACAGGGAUCACACUUGUUUACUCGCAAAGAUCCUCUCUCCUUUAAAAUAAGAUUAGGGUGAAAUACUCAGCUCACGUCUGUGCUUGAAACCAGAACAAAGUUGCUUUUUGAACUACAGUGAGUUCAGUUUUCAGCGCUCUGCAGCUCCUAACUGAAUCUCACUGACUGAGUGCUGAAAACACGCUGUUCUGGACACGGCUGUUACUGAAAAGACACAACAUCCAGGAACCGUGGUCGUUUCAGGGGAAGUAAAUCUCCAUUAUGUGUGCGCUAAAGCUAACAUGUACAAAAACGAACAUGCCUCUGUACAAUGGCUAAUUCUGCUCUUUAAUGGAGUAUUGACUGGAGGACGGGGUUCUCUCUUGUCAGCUUCUCCCACUUUAAAAUAUGAAAUGUCUCAUAAUGACCGCCGUGUUUUGGCACGCCGUUAUGUCUUUGUAUUGAUUUGCUAAUAUUGCCGGCCUAUUAUGUGCAUCUCUUGACUGCGAGCUACUUAUUCUUCAUACAGUGUUUUGCUUGAGUUUACGUAAUGUCCCCUUCUCGCUCGCCAGUUCAGGGUGGUCAUUAGUGGUGUGAAAAGAACAUGUUGUGCUGCGGUUGUUAAUGAGGAGUAAACACAUUGGACCUGUUGUGCAAAGGUUCUGUCUCUCACGACAAAGGUUAUUGUUUCUUUUCAGCUUUUUUUGUCUCAUUUCUUCGCCGGACAAAAAUAACUUCUUUUGGACAGAAGUUGAGUCUCUCCAGCGACAAUCAAUGAGGCUGCCUGGAGGAGAAAAUGAGCGUCGCAGCCGCAGCGCCGCUCUGCCAGCAGUUGGCUGUUGCUGGUGUUUAUUUUCUUUCCUUCUGUUGCACAGACUGAUAUUGUUGUGCCUGCUUAUGCGUGCACCCAUGUGGUUCACAAUUAGAAUAAGAUUGACAGAAACUGUCCGGAAUUAUUUCCUUCAAAUCAGGAGCGACGUCGAAGGGGCGGCUGAUGGAAAUGUACAGGGAGGUUGAGUGGAAAUCUAAGAGGCGUUUUUAUUUCCUGCUGGAAGAAGAACAGAGACCAUUUGUUGUUUUUAAAGGACCAAGAAAGAGAAGUUUUUAUUUGUAUCAUUAUUCUGCAGCAUGAACAGAAAUAUUCAGUUUUAGAUGAGGUUAAAUUGUAUUUAAUGGGAGCUCGGCUAUUCCACUAAAUUAUCCAAAAAUUGCCUAAAAAGCAAAACCUCAGUGACUCCGAUGACCAGAACAUUUCUGAUUCAGUCACCCAACAAUAGAGGGAAACUGGGGUAAAUGUAUCUUCAUGCAUAUUAAUGCCAAUGGUUUCAAAAACUGACCCCCGACACUUGUAUUUAAAUGUAGACUCUUUAUUUAUUAAAAACAACAUGGUUGCACCUUAAACUUGAUUUACUCGUUGGAAACGCUCACAUCAGAUAAUCUGUAAAGUACAGAGUAGGGCUGCACGAUUAAUCAAUUUUAAAUCAUAAUCGGAUUAUUUGAUUAUGACGAUAUCAACAAAAUUAAAAUCCUUAAAUCGGUUUUCCUCUCUAUCAUGUCUCGUGCCUCCAGGCCACCAUAGGCUUCCCACACACACCAGUGUAAACAAACAUGGCGUUUGCAAAAGAAGGCGAUAAUUUCGUGGUUAAAUAGGACAAGAGCGAGUCAGUCGUGUUGAAUUGGUACGACUUCACAGUUUCAGAUGAAGAGUAAACCACUCCCCACUGCAAAGUCUGUCUGAAGGCGGUAUCAACCCGUCACCAUGGAAACUAAUUCAGGAGGAAACACUAAAGUUUUUUGUCAUGUCGGCGUUUCAGGUGACUGUAAACGGUACUUUUUGAAAACGGGUCAGAGAGUGAAUAAAUCUGUAAACGACGACCAUUUCAUCUCCGUGUGGAUGUCUAUCUGCGUCUCUGGAAACGAUCAUGUGACACACAGAGUAACUCUUUUAUGGCGCCAAAACAACCUUUACACACAUGCUCUGUACUCUUCUUCUGUCUUUUGUGUAUUUCCUGUGCAGCGUUACAGCGCCACAUACUGGCUUGGCAUAUGAACUACAUCGUUUUCAGUGGUUUUGCUUUUAGAGAUGAUAAAAAACAUUUUAUUUUUAAAGUGAAGUUUGGUGAAAAAAAUCGAAAUCGAGUUUUUAGAGAAAAGAGUCGUGAUUUUAUUUUUGGCCAAAAACGUGCAGCCCUAACACUGAAGCAUGUUUGACCUCUUAAAUCCAGUUUAUGUGGCCAGUAACAGUGUUUGGAGGUUUGGUUAAUUCAGUCGGUCAGUUUCCUAAAUAUACCACAUGAACAAUUAGCAUUUGUAUUAGGAAGAUCGAAUAAUUUCACGUUUUAGCGAGGCUCAUUACAAAUCUGUACGAGUCACAGGACGCUCUUCUUACACAGCAGAUACGGCCUUGGUCCUGUGAUACUUUACAGCCCCAAAAAUGCUUCGUAUCAACUUCUAUCUCUCUGAGGCCCCCUAAUCACUCCAGAACCCAGCUCUCUAGAAGCCCUCUCCACUGUUGCCAGGGUUUAGAGUUGUCUUUUUAAGUCAAGCAGUGUUUCUCUUUUUAAAAUGAUAGACAUUUUUAAUUAUAGCUGCAUGUUUUUGACCCAAAGAGAGUAAGAAAACCUCGGUGCUGAAGAACAGCGCAGGACGUCUCUGUUACAUAACAGAAAAUCCAGGUCCCCCCCCCGCCUUGUGAAACUCUUGUGUGACCUUUUGGACGAGUUGUUCGGAGAGUGCAGACCUCAUCUUGAGAUUACUCCAACACACCUUUACUCAUGUCCAGAGUUGACAUCUAACAUUUAAACUUACAUUUUUCUGUAAAGUUUGAAACACACAUAUUAUCGCCUUUUAUCCAGUCAGUAAAGAGACAGAACGGCAAAGAUGGUGAAUGUUUCCUCAAACCUAGACCCACAGUUGACUUCCACCGCCCUGCCGGUGUCUUCACUCGUUGUAGUUCACAACAUCUCACCCAAUAAUUUGCCACCAACCUGUUAUCUGUUGGCACAACAGAGACGGCUGCCUCCUGACCCGUGAAACCCCCCAGAAAAACAGCCCAACGCCGAGAAACGGUGCCUCUCAAAUAAGCUCUGAAGAAAAAGGCUUAUCCCUCAGCGCUCAGGGCGAUGUAGAAUUACCCUCUUUGGAUUUAUUCCACCGUGAUUCAUGAACUCAUAUUUUAGUCAUGAGAUUAUUCCCAUGCAUGAGACUCCACCUAGUGGAAGUGGACGUGUUGAUAAAUUCAUGUCAUCCAUUUUUCACUAGGUGAACCCUGGCUUUCCCCGACCUCUCAGCUGUUUUCUUCCACGUGUUAAAUUUGACUCAGAGAGCGUCUCGUACUCAGGAACAGAAACCAAGAGUUGACAUUGACAUUAAAAAAGGAGAGCUGUGUCACCUCUCAGGUGUGAUACCGGUCCUGAUGGAUUUCAGGGACCUGGACCGCUUUGAGGCUUUCACAUUUCGACAGAUACUGAAGCGACACACUCGAUUUACAGCUUUCAGGUCACGUGGUUCAUCUCCGUCUGAGUGUGUGACCUCCUCUAUUGUUGCCUUACCCUUGUGUGUAGUAUGUGUGUGUAGUAUGUGUGUGUGUUUUAAUCUGUCAAUCUCUCCCACAGAGUGAGUUUGUUUUGAACGCUGACCAGUAUUUAGCCCACUAUCCUCCUCUCAUCUCUCCCUCUGCUGCUCCUGUCAUUUUAUUUCCCAGCUCCCCACCGGCCCGCCGACAAAAGAAUAUGGAAGAGCCGUCGUUUUCAUCUAUUCUCUGUCCUCUCUGCUCCCUCAGCCCUAUUGAUUUUUCAUUGUGUGUGUGUGUGUGUGAGUCGGUAUGCGUGUGUGUUCGCACAUGUGUGCAUGCUAACUGUUCGGUGUUUGUGUCUGCCUGUAGGAAACCAGAGGAUCUGUCCAGGGAGGUGAAUCAGAUCCAGCAGAGAGAAAUCGCUCUGAAAGAGCAGAACUACACACUCAACAGCCGGUAACACACACACACACACACUCACACACACACACACGACCGUGAAAUCCCUCUCUCUGCCUUUUUCCCUCCAUUCUGCCUGCAUGCCUCACUCCCCUCAUGUAUCUAUUAGAGCGUAUCUCUGAGAAGUCCUUAAUUGUCACAAAGUUAAUUAAACCGGUCCUGAUUCUGAUAGCACUCCUGACAGUAACCACUGGUGUGUGAGCGUGUGAGUGAGCGUGUGUGAGAGAGAGAUUGUGAUUGAGAGAGAGAGAGGGGGAAUUCGCUAAUUAAACUUGUCCUGUUUAGGCAGAGGUGAUGUCUGCGGGGAGAGCGGUGCGCAUGCUCCGACCGGCUCCUGCUGCGGCUCAGUCCGACUAAGAAAGCUUUCAUUAGCUAACAAGCAUCUCUCUUGUGCUCGGCGUAUUGGACUCAUUAUGAAGUAUUAGAAACUGCAGAGCGGAGACAGUGUGUGUGUGUGUGUGUGUGUGUGUGUGUGUGUGUGCACGGGUGAAAGAAGUGUGUGUUAUAGUUAUUGCUCUAUCGAUGAAACCGGGUCAAAAAUCAUUUCUCAAAGAUUUCCUCCGAGUUCUGCGGUGUCGGUCGGGUUUAGUCGUCUGUAUCAUCCCAAAUUGACCGUGAGUGUCUUUCUCUAAUAGUCCGACCGGCACCAAUCAACCCGUUUCCCCUCUCCUCUCCUCUGUUAUUAACCUCCCCUCACACUUCCUCUUUGUUCAUUCAUCCCCGUCUGUCAGCGUGAGGAGCGUGGAGCGAUCCCAGUCCGAGCUCCGGGCAGAGCUGACCCAGCAGCGCGGCAAGACGCUGGAGGAGCAGAAGAAGAGGGAGACGCAGGACUCGCUCGUCCGCCGCCUGCAGAACAGAGUGCUGCUCUUAACCAAGGUGUGUUUGCAGCCGCACAAACCUCUCCACCAUCACCCAAUCCGUGUGUCUGACUCUAAAACAGUCAGGGUACAGGAGGUACCUGAAACUGAAGGCCAGCACAGAAUCACUAAUCUUCUCUUUACCCUCCUCUCCCUCUGAUUGGUCGGUGAGUGUCACGUGACUCCUCAAAGCUGUCCGCUCGGCUCUGCAGUUCCUGACUAGACCUCUCUGUGAUAUUGAUUUCUCUGUGUGUGAGAUUCCCUAGGUCAACAUGCUCAGUCUCUUCGUACACAAAACACACACACACACACACACACACACACACACACACACACACACACACACAGACACACACGCACCAUCAUAACUGAAGAGCUGCAGGAAUGCUGAAAAUAUGGCCCGGCAGAAGGCUGUUCUGGCAGAGACUACACACCAUCAGAGGAAGAUUAAUUGUUAUUUAUGGUCCGGACUCAGUGUGUUUUAAAGACGAUCUGUUCCUGUUACUGUCUGGUGCGGAGCCGUUCAGCCGUGCCCCUUUAUUUAUUUAAGGACGGUCUGAGAAACAUUUAGUUUCCAUCUGGACGAAUAUUUAUAAUUUAGCUGUAUCAACAAGUUUAGUGGGUAUAAACACGUCUUAACUAACCGCAUCUCCUGCUGCUGCUCGAGUGAAUUUAACCAGUUAUUCCUCAAAGCUGUAAUUCCAGAGAUUUUUAUUACAACAAUAAAACAAAACAGGAAAUUCAAAGAUGAGAAGUAAAGGAACCUGUUAGGGUAAAUCAGACAUGAUGUACAGGGAGCAGGUGACCGGGUAAUUCUGAUAGGGUGAGCAGGUCUUCUCCUCCCUGAAAGGUUUCUGAUUCACAUGCAGUAAAAACAUGGACACUCUGUGCCGUCUUCAGGUCUUCAGGUCUUCAGGUCUUCAGGUAGUCUAGUCCACAGCUGUGGGCUGUAAUAAUGAAAAGCUGCUGCACCGUGAGUCCUAGCCCUGACUUUAGGCACUCUAUUAGAAGACCACUACCUGGAGACCUGAGGUUCAGAUCUGAUUAACAGGCUGGAGCUUUAAAAACCAAUAAAAGAUCCUUAAAAUUAGGGAUGGGAAUCAAGAACUGGUUCUUGUUGAGAACCGUCUCCAAAUGGUUCAGUCCAUCGACACUGUUUACUCGUCUAGUGAGAAAUGUUCCAUGGUGCAAAAAUACAGUUGGUAUGAUUAAUAUGCGCUAAUAUUUUUAACAAGAUAAUAUUACUGUAAUUAAUUAAUCACGAUCAACGCGUUAAAGCUGAGGCCUGAAUUAUUAUUGAUAAUUUGGUUUGAUUUGAUGCUCGAUGUUGGUGCGUUUAGUCCUGGAGGUUGUUUCCCCUCUUGGCAGAAUCAUAAAUCGUUUUUCACUUCAGCUUCAGGGUCAAGUCACCACGCUUUUGGACGUCCUCGCACGUCCUCGCCAUCGUCUCAACUGACCGUCAAACUUCUUCUCUCUGGACUUUAAUAACUCCGAGACUUCAUUAGACAGUCGAUUAAUAUUGAUUUAAUAAACUCAAAGUAAAAUGUGACCUGAUAGCUGACUCGAUGAGCUCAAACGUUAUUGAUCUCUGGUCUUGACAAAUGCUGUAUUGGGUGUUUAAUGGACCCGGAUAUUGAUCCUCAUUCCUAAUUAUAAUUAUUAAAAUGAUUGACUAAGGUCUUCUCAACAUGAUAUAAUAACACUCCUCAGUCAUCUAUCUGCAGAGACCCUGCUGUCUCUCUCUGGAUGUCCCACCUCUCUGCUGUGAUUGGGACAUUUCUGGCUGUCAGUCAUCGGACAGUAGACGUUUUCCUCCUGUGUAGCGUAGAAGGUCGGCGCUCCGAUCACCUCACUGCUCAACGUUAGAUCUCUGCCUCUGCAGUGUUAGACAAACAAAAUCAAUAUGUGAUUUUUGUUAAUGUGUUUAUUGUAAAAGCCCCGGUGUCAGUUACAGUGACACAAUUGAACACAGACGUACAACAGUUAUUAACACUCAGUGGUGCAGGUUUGCUUUUGUUGUCGCUCACAACUGCAGAAAAAUACUUCCAAUGUUCAAAUCCAUGAGACAAGUGUUGGGGGACCGGCAUAUAAUAUUGCAUUCAUAGCAAGUUAAUAAAAGUUUUUGGAUUUUUCAUGAUAUAUAUAUUUUUUUCUCUAAUUCAGUUUGUUUUAAAUAGUUUUCAGAAAGGAUUUGUUCGUUUUUAUUUUUUUUUAUUAGUUUUAGUUUUUCAUACUUGGCAAUAAGGCUCUUGGGUGAUUUUAAUUUUGACUUUGAAUUAUCAGCUGUGUCUGAAAUGGAUCCCUAACCCCUAUGUAGGCGACUAUAUGGGAGUUAGCGCCAUUUUGAGGGGUGUCUGAAACCUGAGUGAUCAAUUCCAAUGCCCCAUAUAGGCCACUCAAAAUUUCCCAUAAAGCAUUGCAAAAUGUAGUGACCAUCUGAUGGUCACUCACCGGUGGUGGUCAUCCCGUCAUGCAUUGCGUCUUGCCAUGUAGUGUCCGAAACCUCCGGUGACUGAGCUCACUACAUAGUCAACUAGAAAAGCACUCAGAGAGCGCAGACCUCCGCCAAGCAGCUCAUGUCCCCCCUUAAACAAGAAAUGCACUGACCGGGAUUUGAACCCAGGACCUUCUGAUUGUGAAGCGACAGUGCUAACCACUACACCACUGUGCCGCCCAUUUGUUGUCUUUCAGCAUUGAAAAUUCCAACAACACCCUUAUUUUUGUGUGUUCUGGAUCACAGUAUCCAGAAUUUUGUCCGGAUCACCACCAAAAUGUAAUGGGAUCCUCCUGGGGCUGAGACACACCUCUGGUGAAAAUUUCAGGUCAAUCUGUCUGUAACUUUCUCCGUAAAGUUGCUAACAGACAAACAAACAAACAAACCAACGCUACCGAAAACAUAACCUCCUUGGCGAAGGUAACUAUAUAGUGAAACCCCAUAUAGGGGUUAGGGAUUAGAGAUUGAGUGAUUUAUUUCAGACACAGACAUAGUUUUUAUUUAUUUCAGUUAACAAAGAUGUUCUUUAAAUUCUCUUUUUCGUCAUUUAGUUAGUUUUAAUUAACGAUAAUAACCCUGAUUCAUAGGCAACUCUGAAAAUUCAUUUUUACCAACAAUAAGAGGAAGUUUGACUUUUAACAAACACAAUGAAACUUGUGGAGUAGUUAUCGUCUAUUUAUAGUUAUCGAGGUGAACUGUUCAAUAUAUCGUGAUAUUGAUUUGAGGCCAUCUCGCCCAGCCCUAUUUACUGUAAAUAAAUAUCUCAGAGAGCUGAUGGAUCGGGAAAUAGUUCUCGAUUUAAGAACUUCAAACGCUACAUCUGCUGAGCUGUUAGACGGAUUCACAGCCGCACAGGAGCUGCAUGUUGUUGACUCGGUUAGAUCCGGUUGUGCAGGAAGACACAAACAGACUGCAUCUCGCCAAAUGAUCCACGCUUGAUUACAACAAAUGUGUGACUUGAAUUUGAUUGUUUAUUACACUAUUGCAUCGGCUUACAACACGUUCUUUAUUUUGAAUAUCUUCCAACAUAAUAAGACAAAAUAAGAUAAAUUUCAUAGAUCGACAGACCCUGCAGAGCUUUAAAGCAGAAAACGUCACUGAGAAAAGACCCAAUAACUAAUUAGUCAUCAAAGUUUUCAGCAAUUCAUUUUCUAUUGAUCAACUUCUUAAUUAAUUGACCGUCUAUUUUAGCCUGAAUGGAUCCUCUCCGUCCACCUGGGGGACCGACUGUGUCCACAAACAGGCUCAUAGAUCAAUGAUGAUGAAGUGCAUCGACAGCAGUUGUUAAAGAAGCGGAGAAGAUAUCGAAUUUCAUCUCCCCGUCUCUCUACCUCGUCUUUAUGCUUCUGUUUACUUUGAUUUUUUUUAGUCCCUCACAGCUGCCGGUGCAGGACGCACUCAGAAUAGCCGCACGGCGGAUUAAACAGCUGACAUGAAAGCAAUUUUAAAAAAUAGCAGAUAAAAAAAAGCAGUAAUGGCUCUUUUAUCACUUCGUCCUCCUGCUGCCUGUUUUUUUUAAAUCAGAGAAGAAGAGGAGACAGAUUUUUGAUUUAGAUUCACUGAGUUUCAUGGAGUGUUAAUAGACUGUAAAUAGCCAAAGGGCCUGAUGGUCAGGACUGACAGCUGACCUCUGAUUGGGUCUCUCUCCCGGGUGUCUGUCCUCUCGCCGGGUUUCUCUCCUCUUUAUGUUCACUAAAAGAUGUACGAGGCGAUCGUGUAAUGCUGCAUGACAAAUGACGCUGCCAGCACCAAUAAAGUUGACGAAAGGACGAUUUUUCAUCCAGAGUUAUUAAAUGAAGCCGACUCAGUCGUCUUUAAAUGGAUUACAUUGCUUUUGAAAUGGCUAAUCAGCGGCUGAAUCUGAUUAGGGUAAUCACAGUUCGGUUUUAGAGACUAGUCUACAAGAUAAUCGGGCGGGACAGCUGCAGCACAAAGACUUUCACAUGCAGGAGUCACAGGGUCCGAAUGCAAAGCACCACUUAGCGAUCAACAAACAGCACAUGCUGUUAUCGGAGCUGGUAUUCAUUACCUGACUUCCACCUAAAUUGCAUUUGCUCCCCUAAAUUAGCCCCGCUAAUAAUCGUCUAUUGAGCUUUCAACGACCCUCAAAACUCAAGGAUGGUCCUGAGCAGCCGGGCUGUUUGUGAGACGGUUAUUAAAAGCCUGAAGCCGCGCGCUUCAGUUCAUGAUGCAGAGCAGACCAACGCAGAGAGGCGAGGACAUGCAUCAUCCUAACAGUCUUGACUGACAGUGAAUUUGCAUUCAUAAAGCGGCUGUUUGCCUGUUUUUACUCAGAUUAGAUUGAUCCCGCUCGUUAUGUUGCUUGGCAACCAGUGCAUCUUAAAGAUGUAAUUCAGGGAUUAAAUGUAGAAAUCGUUUAAAGUCAUAACUGAAGCUGAGUUGAUGUAUGAUGUGAUGUUUGAGAUGUCUGUAGGUUGUUUAAAUGUUUAUUAGUCGGUAAAAACGGUGAAAUAAGAUUUUUAAUUCACACGUUUUAAACCCGGAGGAUCUUCAGUCAGAGGCUGAAUGGAGAUGUGAACCCUGAGGACCUCAUCUGUAGGUGCUGACAUGUUACUCUCAGAACUGACCUCACUGACUCCAGGAUACGGCUGCUGAUCUGUCCUUUCUAUGAUGCAGUCUUUGGUCCUUGGUCUGUGCUCCUCUGUCUGUGGUCUUCGGUCUGUGGUCCUCAGUCUGUGGUCCUCAGUCUGUGGUCCUCGGUCCAUGGUCCUGACCCGCUAAACACUUUAAAAAGGCUCAGCUCACAUAUUCUUUCGCAGUGAUUAGGGCUGCAGCUAUCGGAUAUUUUAGUACUCGAGUAUUCUACCGUUUAUUCCAUCGAUUAACCAGAUAAAACAUAAUUUUUCUCAGUUAAACUUCCUGUAAGGAACUUUUAAUUGGAUUUGAAAAAAUCUUGUUUCUGCUGAUGUCUCCUUGUCACUUCAUCUGUGUGAAGAGAAGUUAUUUCCAGUGGUAGGGUCGGGACCACAAACGAAACGAUUUACGACACAAGCAUUUGUUCUCUUUCUAUUUUGCGCUGAAAACACACAUAUUACCGUCACUACACUAACCCUGACAACAUCUUACAGCAGGAGACAGACAGACAGACAGACAGACAGACAGACAGAGCAGCUCUGUGACACUAACUUCCGACACCUUUUUAGCCUUUUUCUAAUUUUAUCUUUUUCUCUUUCUUCGUUGCUUUUUUGUGUUUUCCUCUUGUUUCCCUCCUCAUCAUUCAUUUUUUCCGCUCCACAAAACCAAAGCCGCGCUUACUCCUCCAAGCGCGUUGUGUCACCUUAAAGAUAAUCCAGAUUUGAGUUCAUAAACGAGUACUGGAAAAUUCCUCCAUCAUUUUUUGUAAUUGAGGAACUCGAGGAAUGGUAAAAUAAUAUUUGACUGUUUGGUGUUUUUGUAGCUGUUAAGAUGACGACAGUAAACGGAGUCUGUCAUGUAUCAGGCUCAGAUCGGCCUAAAUGCAGACGCCAGAGAAAGAGCGACUGUUCACAAAAACUUCAGUCUGAGGUCGCUCACAGGAGGUCAGUCAGCAUCAGGCAAAGGUACGAAAACGGUGCAGAAGGAAACGAGACGAUCUCUCAGGGACUGAGAGCUGAGGGGAGUUUAAAUCCACAAAGACAUAACGGGAAACAGGUGGAAACAUGAGGGAGACGAUCUUCACUGGGGAUUAUCUCACAGGAGGACGGGGCUGGAAGUAAAUGUCGAGGACGAGGGGGACGAAUGAGACAUUUCAAAAUAAAACAGGAAAAAACGGGAACUUUACUUCAGUGGAUAAUGAGAUGACAUGAAAUUGUCCGAGUUCAUUUAGAGACUAAAACAAACCGAUCAUGAGGAGGAAACGUUGAUUUAGAGGCAGCCGCCAAACUCUUCCAGAUAUUUCUUUGUUUUUUAAUCGUCACCGACCCUUUACCUCCUCUCUCUUUUUUGUUUUACUUGUCUUCGCUUUCUAAUUCCUUCUGAAAAGAGCUCUCUUUUCCUCCUAUAUGUUUUCUUUUGUGGUUUUGGGAGCCGCACACAGACAUGCGUGUUAUUUGUUCUAAUGAACAUCACACAAAAACACGCUGACAGACACUCAGGAGUUAUUUGGAGAUAGCGGUUCAGUCUGAGUGACACUUGAAAAGGCGUCCACUUGAGGAGGUUUUUAUCCCCUCUUCUCAAAAAGCAGUAACUACUCGGUGUGAUGAUUAGCUGGACAAACUGCUUGGCUGAGGACACGUCUUUCAUUCCAGGAUUAUCGAGGAGAGCGAAUCCAUUAGAAUGUUUUAAAUGAUCUCAUCACAUUUCCGAUAAGAGAGAUGAGGCAGAAUAAUAUGAUAUACUUCACUCUCAGAGACGUUUCUCUGUCAUAACUCUGAUUUAAUUUCUAGAUUUAUUCUUCAUCCUUCCUCCACAAAGACGUUUGUCUUUGAUUUGAUUAUUACACGAGAGGGAACUUGGAUGUGCGAGACCGUAACCCUGAGCUUCUCUUUUCACCGCCGCCUCGUUCUUUGUUCCUCAUUUACAAAGGCGUUUUCUUGUCAUAUUAACACAACACGCCAUCAAACAAGAGCAACACAGACGGAGAAAAACACGGAGAGCUUUGAUUUUCUGCGUUUGCCCACUCGUGCACUAAAGUCCUGCGUAUCUGAUAAAAUUUGGUUUAAUCGGGACUUCUUCUUUGGUUUUAGGAACAUUAACGGCAGAAUUUAAAAACUCUUUGUCUUUUUUUUUUUAAUCUCGCAGGAACGAGACGGAAUGCGUUCCAUCCUGGGAUCCUACGACAGCGAAUUCGCGCCGACUGAGUACUCGCCUCAGCUCAGCAAACGCCUGAGGGAGGCCGAGGAUGUUCUGCAGAAGACGCAGCACCACAACGCAGAGCUGGAGGUGAGCGUAACCUGGGUUUGAUCGAUGCUCGUCUGAGCGGCAUGACGGUCUCAGUCUGUAUUUUUAGGAUUAAAUAUUUUACUUACAAAAAUGGAGCUUUUACACACAUUUGCCUUUAAAUUCUAAAACAUCAAUUUGUUGUUGUACUUUUCACAUAAAAUAUUCAGGUGAAAUGACACAUUUAACAAGUCAGAAUUAUAGGAUUAUAUGUUAGGGGACACCACUUUAGCAAAGAGAGGAUGAGACAAGCAGAGCCCGAUUUGUCCACAGGGGGCGCCAAAGUCGUCACAAACUGAAAGUUCCUUACAAGAGCUUUAAGUUUUGUAUAAUAAUGAAGGAAAAUGUGUUAAAGUCUGUGCUGCUUCUACGAAUGCUGAUGUUAUUCGUAGAAGUGCAAUAAUGUAAAUACACACAGAGGUGAACUACAAUAAAAAAAACCUUAGUUCUGUGCUACAGUGUAAUAAAAAAUACAGAUUUUAACAUUUAAGGUGAAGCCAAACAGGCGCUGUUGUAAACUAGGGGUGUCCCAACAAGGGUACCUCAGGAUUCGAUUUGAUUAUGGGAGCUUCAGUUCUUUGAUUAUAAUGAUUGUAGAUUCGAUUAUUGGUGCCACGAUUCUUUGAUUAUCGCCAUUUUUGACGCUUUUUUUUUCCAUACAAGAUUGAUUUUGUCGUCAUCUGUGGCUACAUAUGUAAAUAAACAGCCUAUCAAUGAACUCAGCUCCUCUAAAACUAAACUCAAUAAGUAAAUUAUACAAAAUAUUUUAUUUUAUGACUGUAUGACAUUAUUAUUAUUAAUUUUUUAAGCAUUCACGUUAAGUAAUCGAUGCCAAAUCGUCACAUAAAACAUCAUUGAAUUGCAACCACCUCACAGAUUUUUAAUGAAUUUGUAAUGUUCGCACAAUAACGCAUCAGAAUUUUGACGGUCUGUGAGCGGUGAUUUCUAGAAGCUUUGGCUGAAGUAAUGCUGAGUCAUCUGAAAAUCAGCCUGCUUUAUUGUUUUCACUGUCGAGUUUCAGUUUUUACCGCCUCUAGGGUAACAAUCGGGAAGUUUUGUUCACUGUAAAUUGCGUUGAAUUCCUGGUAUCGAUGAGUCAAACAGAUCUGUUACUAAUAUUAAGACAGAGAGCGGCGUAGAGGGGCGCACACAGAGGAGUCAGACUGACACGGCGAGUGAGUCAGAUAAAAGUCGAAACUCUGUGAAGAAGCAGAAACCGAACUCACUCGUCUUAAUUUAAACCAGUUCGUCUCUGUUUUUGUUUUUUGUGCCGGAUGUUAAAAAUGUCAAAGAGUCACCACGAGUCAAAGCACAAAACACCUGAGCCAUCGAACCCACUCGAACCUGAGCGCAGAACACAGACAAAUCGAAUCGAAUACAAGCAGAUAAAGUGACGAUCAAAUGGAGAAAAACUCUACCUCACAUGUCUGUCCCUUACAUUUAGGCUUAUUGACUAAAAACUGACUGAAGUGCACUUUACGGCACACAGAGACUUGGUGUCUUAAACAGAGGAGGCUCAUUGAAUGAACCGUCUCUGGAGAAAGUAGCUGUGUGUCUGUCGGCGCUGUAUUUCAGUCAGAUAAAGACACACAGAGCCAUUGUUUGAUUUCUAUAUUUAUCACAUUUAUUCCCCUUUUCUCUGUCCUUGGAUUCAGGCCCAGCUGACCAAAGCUCAGGAGGAAACAGGGAGUCUGAAGCUGCAGCUGCAAGCAGUAUGUACACCUGCACAAACACACACACACAUGUUUUUCUGUCGUCUACAGUCAUGUUUAUAGAAAACAGAAUGAGAGGAUGGCAGUAGUUGUAGUCAGACACGAUGGUGGGGGUUUAGAGAUGUUUUGGGGUUGACUCAUAAAAACCUUUUGGGCCUUUUGUCAGAGAGCUGGGUCUCUAAAACACUCCUCAAAAAGGACCAAAUGGUUGGAGACAAAGUGCUGGAGAGUUCUGAAGUGGCCAACAAUGAGUCCGGGUUUCAGUCCCAUCGAGCACCUGUGGAGAGACCUCCAAAUUACUGUUACAGAAAGGCCUCCUUCAAAUCUGAGAGACCUGGAGCAGUUAGUAAAAGAGGAGCGGUCCAAAACUCCAGCUGGGAGGUGGAAGAAGCUUCUCGAGGGUAAAAAGAACUGACUGGUUUCACUUAUUUUUACCCGAGAGUGUGCGACCAAACAGUCCAGGGUGCCAAGAAUCUUGUCCAGAACGCUUUUUAAAUGUUUGUUUCAAUUCUUGUCAAUCUUGUUUUUUUUUCUUUUCUGCAGUUUUUUGUUAUUUUAAUUCACAUAAUUGAAAGAUUAAUUACUGUAAUUGCAUCAAUUCUCUUUAAAAAAUUCAAAUACUUCCAUCCUUUACUUUGUUUAGAGAGACUUUUAGUGCUCUAUGAAAUUUUUUUUUGUUUUUUCCAAAUUCAGUUUUUUCCGUUUUCAUUUUUUAGAAUUUCAUUUUUUACCUUCUACACUGAUGUAUCACCAUAGGGUGUGUGUUUUUAGUGUCAGUAAAUAAAAUGGUGAUUAAUGAAAUGUAAAUAUUCCUAAAUUUAAAGCUGUAAUACAUCAUUGUCCAGUAUUUCAAGUCAAAACAUAAUGUAAUAAUAAUAAUAAUAAAAAUAAUAAUAUCUUGCAUUUGUAUAGUGCCUUUCAAGAUACCCAAAGCGCUUAACGACACACUACAAUGAACAUAACUAGAAACCAAAAGCCUGGAUAAACAAUACCAUAACGUUGUACCAAUAAGUGGUUGAAGUACAAAGUUUUAAUAGUUUUUAACUGUAGUUAGCAUUAGCAGCAGCAGCACAUUGUUUUUCUUUGUUUUUCACGAGGGUUUCAGACGACAAGUGGUCGGAUUUUGAGUCAGAGUCAGAGAAUCGAUUAGUCGAAUUUUGGUGGAAAAUUUCAGGGUUUUAAUCAACUAAGAAUUUCUUCGGUUAAUUACAACCCUAGAAGUAAUAUCCAGUCCAAAGUCCCUGAACUUCAGCCGUCUGCUCUCACGGGUUUCUCUUGAGUUUUGGUUCUCCUCGCAGGUUCACGCUCCUUCCUGUGACUCAAACUUGCUCCGGUACCUCAGUGACUAACAUGCUGACAGAACAGCUCUGUUUAAUUCUCUGAAUGUUGGUGCUGAAGGUCCGUGUGGCAGCUGGAUUGGAGCCGAAGGUUUCUCCUCUUGUUUCCUUCGUCUUUCAUCCAAGCUGAGGUGACGUUAAUUGACGAGCUACAUGAAGAGAGCGAGUAAUAAGGGGACAUCCUUUCUUAAAACUCUGCCUCAAAGUGAUAGUCGCCAGGUGCACUGAAAAGAUACCGGCGUCUGUGAAUGACGUUAAGUCGUCUAAUCGGUGUGUUUUUGCGGAUUAAUUGGGCGCAGUUCAUCUGUUACCGUACAGACAUCUGGAAAUGAAAGUUUGAAAAAGUCGACCCCUCCAACGCGGCGCAGAAGUUGGAUGAAACAGAGAGGUGGCAGGUGUGACCUGAACUCUCCUACACGCUCCGUGACUGUGUCUUUGUGUCUUCACUUGUUCCCUGAUCUCCCGUCUUUUCAUGGCUCCUUGUUGCCGAGGAGACAUCAACACAGCCAUGGCAAUGAGUAUUGACGCGUGAAAUCCACCUGUCUGGUAGAGCUGUAAUUACUUAUCCGUCUUGGGGAGGCUGGGAGCUAAGAUGAGCCGAGAGACAGACAGACAGAUGCUGUCAGAAAGAGAGGGAAAUGGGCGAGCAAAUGUAAAUGAGGGAUGAUUGCAGAGAAAGAAAAAAGAGUUCAGAGAAAAGCCAACUAAAACAUUCCAAGGAAAUGAGUCUGUGGACUAAUGGUGUAUUGAGGAUAUGUUUUUUUCCUUCUUCUGGAUGUCUGCUUAGAAAGAUAGCAGCACACUAAAAUAGAGUGCUCCGGAUUUAUCUGCAGCCAAAAGGUUUGUGCCAGGCGCUCGGCCAAAGGUGCUCGGAUGUUUGUGCACAAGGCCCAUUUUCUCCUCUGUGUGUCCCAGGUGGAGCUGGAGCUGGAGUCCGUAAAGAAACAGCAGACAUCCGCCGCUGACGGCAGCUCCUCAGCGGCCAAAGAGGAGGUCAGCACACUCAGGUAGUUAGCACGCACGCACACACACACACACACACAACCUGUUGCAGAAGCAAACUGCUCAGAAUCAGGGAAAUUAGAGAUCCAUGUUCUGUUUAAAGUUUGUAUGGGUUUAUGAUCGGGAUGUUCCCAGCGGUAAAUUUCACUGACGGUUAAACGACCAUUUUGAAAACAAAUAUUCAAAUACACGAAAAUUAAUUAACUCCCAGAAAACAGCCCAAAUUGAGCGCAUGUUGAUCUAAAUGACCAGGUAUCAUCUGAAAUAAAUAUUAAGAGUUCAUGAAAGCCAAGCUUAUAAUAUUUAAAUAUGUUACAGAAUCUUAUUUUAGCUGGAGAACAACAUAAAGUAUGUGAAAGAUCAAAGCAAUUAAGCUCCGCCCCGCUGCGCUCAAGCCAAGCAGCCGAUAAGUUUUGCUAUUCUGGGGAUAACGAUAUAAAUCACAUUAAAAAGAUAUAAUUCCUAUUAGAGAUGGGCAAUAAAUUAUUGUUCACGAUAAAUCAUCAGAAAAAUCCUCCUUGAUAAAUAUUUGAUAAAUACGAUAAAUGGAAGUUGAUGACUGGAGCGCAGGAUAACAAACAAACCGAAGGUAAAGAAGAAGAUGUUUCGGAGCAGCUGGUUACUGAACGAGGCUCCACAUGAAGGAUUUCCUUCAAGGUUGGGGUUUAGAUGAGUUCAAUCAGGUCUGCUUGACAUCGGACUGUGGAUCUGCUGCUGUUCACUCUGUGCAAUAAGAGUUUUCAUCAAAUGUUAAACAUGUUUUCACAUUUCAGACUUUUUUGAUUUCAUUCAUCAAACUUGUGGUUAAGUAUCUUAUUUGACUUCUCCAACUCGUGUUCUCAAGACACAGUAAGUCAAAAAUAUAGUCUGGAAUUAUAAUAUUUUUUAUCUGGACUUUUAUCGUAUCGGCAGAACGGCAAAACCUAUUGUAAUCAAUUUUUUAGCCUAUAUCCCCCGUCCCCGAGACAUCUGGAGACACUUCUAGAAAUAACAUCAAAUUAUGGUCCAGGGAAGUUUUCAUGGAUGUUUAUUCAUGGUUCCUCUUUUGCACCAUAAUGUUUUAAUCUCAGUGAAGAACAGUGAAGUGAUUUCCACUACAGAGUCAUACCUGUUUAAUGCAGACUCAUAGAUCACAGCCAUCCAGUAUUUUGGCCUCAUCCUAGCUGCACAGAGAUUCCUCCUGAACCUUUGGAUGAGAUCUUAGAUGAAGUUUUCAAAUGUUUUGAGGAAUCGCUGAACUAUUUUCUCCCCCAGUGUCUCAUAGAGCGAUAACCUCGUCUCACUGACCUGUUGCAGAUGAACAAAAUCAGUUGGCAGACGUUCCUCCAGGGUGUUUUUAUCAGCAUCAUACAACCUUUUUAGAAUAGUUGACGUCCCUUUCUGAACUGUUUUUAAACAUCAAAUUUAGACUGAUUUAGACGACGUUUCAUCGAAUGUCUUUGCACUUUUUCACUUUUAUCCAAGCCUCGAAUGAAUUCCACUCAUCCAGAUCAACAUUUUACACAGCGCCCCGACUCUAAUAGAACUGGGAUUGUGUAAACCAAGGGUGGAUUAACUCGGUCAGGCCCUGUAUGCUUAGUCUGGGAGCAGAGCUUCUCCUCGAGGAUCACUCUGUUGAAUCAACAAUGAGCAAACUUGUUAUUCUACAAGGCGAGGCGUUAAUAAUCAAGUAAGUGAGUGAGUGUGUUUGCGUGCAUCUUUCAGACAGAAAAUCGAGGAGUUAGAGGCUGAGCGGCAGCGUUUGGAGGAGCAGAACAACAUCCUGGAGAUGAGACUGGAGAGACAUAACCUACAGGUGAGGCGCCAACGCUUUCCCGCAACUGUUCUCUGUGAUGGAUUUACCCGUCUGGCACAAAGGAACCAAUUUGAUAACCCCGAUGGCAGAAGCUGAGUCCAUAUGACAUCGCAGAUUGAUUCACACAAACGCUUCCCGUAUCUGACGGCUUUUCAAACACAAUUGGACCCAGGUGUGAUUCCAAGACGGUCCAAUGGAAAAGUCUUAGAACCUGUGGCUGGUUUUAAAUUCCUCCUUUAUUGGCUGAAGGGAUUAGAGCGAACAGAGCGGUAGGGUGAAGGAGAGAUAUCACCAAAAUAAAUUUAGACCCUCCCCGGAGUCUGCCGGGAAUGAAACCGGAGUGAAAUGAAUCUCGGAGCGCACACAAACACACCCAGGCAUGCAUGAGUGUGUAAAUCUAAUCCUGGUACUUUCAUCUCACAAAGUUACUUAACUAACUCCCUCCCUGAUACCUGAUCCCUUCUCCCUUUUAAAUUGGCCUAUCUAUCUACCUGUGUGUGUGAGUGAGUGUGUGUGAGUGUGUGUGUUUCAUCUCAGCCAGGUCCUCUCACUGGCCUGACUCAUACUGUGCCAAACUAAGCCUACCGGGGCACUUUAAUGAAACGAGUGUGGGCAAGCGUGUUGGUUCCAUUUAGCCGAGGGCUGAAUGAAAUCCAUGUGUUCUCAAGCAUGACUACCACUUUUAAGGCAAUUGACAGCAGAGUAUAUGCGUGGGAGCGUGUGUGUGUGUGUGUGUGUGUGUGUGUGUGUGUGUGUGUGUGUGUGUGUGUGUGUGUGUGUGUUUGGAUGUGCACAGGUUUCAAGGUUGCACGGUCAAUGGAUCAGUUCUUAAGAGCUAAUUCUUAUGACUCCUCUCUGGUCUGAUGCACACCCAGAGACCGCUACAUCGGAGCGUAUGAAGAGAUGAGUGACUGAACGACUGGAGGAGCGUUUGAAAGGAGAAAUGGGUGUCUGAAUGAGUGGGCAUGAAUGACUUACUGAAUUGACUGCUUGGAUAAACGGACAAUGGGAAUUUUUAUUGUAUCAACCUGCAUGUCAGAUUCAUGUGGCCUAACCCAUCAUUUCAGUCCGGUCCCUAUAUUUAGACCACUUAGAGGAGCGGGACUGUCGAAGCCUGAUACCACUGUAAAGCUACUGCCUUUUACGACCUCCAACUCAAUUAUCCGACCAGUCAUCUGACCCUUAUCAGUCAGAUUUGCUCUGAGGGUCUAUUUAAAUAGACACUUAAUUGAUUUCUCAAACUUGGUUCUUUUCAUGUUUGAAGGAUUAGAGUCGAUGAUGUGGUUCUUCUAUCUUCGUCGAGCAGUGACCUUCAGCUCUUGCUGGGGCGGUUCGCGGCCGAGUGUGAAGCGGCUGGGAUGCGAAUCAGCACCUACAAGUUUGAGGCCAUGGUCCUCAGUUGGAAAAAGGUAGAUUGCCUUCUCCAGGUCGGAGGGGAGGUCCUGCCUCAAGUGGAGGAGUUCAAGUAUCUCGGGGUCUUGUUCACGAGUGAGGGUAGGAUGGAGCGAGAGAUCGACAGGCGGAUCGGAGCGGCGUCAGCAAUGAUGUGGACUCUUAACCGAUCAGUCGUGGUGAACAAAGAGCUGAGCCGUAAGGAGAGACUCUGGAUUUACCGGUCGAUCUACGUGCCGAUCCUCACCUAUGGUCAUGAACUUUGGGUAAUGACCGAAAGAACAAGAACGCGGAUACAAGUGGCUGAAAUGGGUUUCCUCCUCAGGGUGUCCGGGCUCAGCCUUAGAGAUAGGGUAAGGAGCUCGGACACUCGGGAGGCGCUCAGAGGAGAACUGCUGCUCCUCCACAUCGAGAGGAGUCAGCUGAGGUGUUAGGACGCCUUCUGGACGCCUCCCAUUAGAGGUGUUCCAGACUUGUCCCCCCAGGAGGAGACUUUGUGGCCGGCCCAGGACCAGGUGGAAGGAUUAUAUCUCUCGCCUGGCCUGGGAGCACCUGGGAAUCCCCCCAGAGGAGCUGGUGGAAGUGGCCGGGGUGAGGGCCGUCUGGGCUUCCCUCCUGAAGCUGCUGCCCCCGCGACCCCGACCAGGAUGAAGCGGAAGAAAACGACGACGACCCGAUACUUGUUUAAACUCGGCCUGCAUAUGCUUCUGCGGACACUGAGAGAUGUCACAGGUUAAGGUGGUGUGAUAGGGUUGAUUCAGGGCGGCUCAACAGCGAGGUUUAGACUUUAGUUUAAAAGUGAUUCUCCAAUCCGUGUAUCAUUCGUUCAUUAGAUUAAAAAAUAAAAUAAAACCAAAACGAGAAAAAGAAACGUUUGCUUAAUAUUCGCCUCUAAAACAAAAAUGAAAAAAAAAAACAACAAAUUGCAGCUGAUUUUCCGUUUCCAAUUUCUUCAGCUCAAAUAACAAACAGGAUAAAUGGAUAACAACAGUUUUAUCAGAUUUAGACUUUUUCAUUUGCAGAAAGUUUCGUGACCCGGAAGUGAUCAAGAAACAGACUUUGGCGUUAUGGCUGGACUCGAGAAUUAGACCCCACCAAAUGAGCGCAGUCUUAUAAUUUGAUUAUUUUUAUCAGUGAUCAAUAGUGUUGUUACAGAUAAGCAGUCAAACGGCAAUAAUUGGCUCCAGUAAUUGGCUGAGGCUGAUAAUUGGUCUGUCCUGAGUCUUUACCACUCUCCAGGGAUGUAAAGUGCGAGUUUUAGUCCAUAAUCGAUCUCAAGAAAUGCCGACAAUCAUUAACCAAUAAUAUGUAAAAACUCUUCCUCUGAUCAACUCGUGUUUCAUAGCAACAUAAUCUUGACAGCUGUCUGUACUGCAUGAUGACGAAUAUAAUUUCUUUGGACUUUUAGUCGUUAAGAGCGAAUCUCAACUUCCUGACUGUGGGUAUUUUGGACUCCCGGUUUUCUGCAUCUUUUUCCUGACUGAGAAAAAUAAACAUGUUCACAUGGUUGGCUGUCAGUCAGGAGUGCAACUGGGUCACAUUAUGGCAGCAGAAAACUGGAGCGCUCAGAAGCUGCUGGUGUGCAGAGAUACUGGCAUGUCAGCUUUGCCACUAUGGAAAAUCUCACAGCACUGACUUCCCAUCAGUCUGUCAGCUUUGGAUCCAAAGAUGGGGUAAAGUCCUACGGGGAGUUCUCAGCCUUCGGGUCUUAAUCUUGCACGAUACAUGUCCCUCAUGGUCUUAGUUACUUCUGUGGCCCAUGUCGGAUCCAGAACAUGGGCCACCCUUGAACCAGAAACAUCUGAGGCGUCUUACCUGGGCUAAGGACAAAAAGGACUGGACUGCUGCUCAGUGGCUCAGAGUCCUUUUUUCAGAUCAAAGUAAAUCUGACAUUUCUUUUGGAAAUCAGGGUCCCAGAGUCUGGAGGAGGAGAGAGAAGAGGCCCAGAAUCCAGGUCGCUUGAGGUCCAGUGUCGUUUCCCCAGUCAGUGGUGGUUUGGGGAACCCUGUGAUCUGCUGGUGUUGGUCCACUGUGUUUUAUCUGGUCCAAGGUCAGCGCAGCAGUCGACCAAGACGUUUUGGAGCACUUCAUGUUUCCCUCGGCUGACUAGCUUUAUGGAGACACUGCCAGUGGUACUAACACCUGCUUCAAGGACCGCGGUAUCCCUGUGAUUGAUUGGCUAGCAGACUCACCUGACCUAAACCCCAGAGAGAAUCUGGACACCGCAGAAGAGCUGAAGGCUUCUAUCAGAACAACCUGGGCCUCCAUGGUAUCCCACAUUGUUGCAGUAAUUCAUGCAAAGGGAGUCCCAGCGUGUUGAAAAUCCUUCUUUCAUUGGUCUGAAGUAAGGAUGGGAGUCGAGAACCGGUUCUUGUUUAAACCGGUUCCAAAUGGUUCAAUCCAUCAACAUUGUUUCCGUUCUGUCGUCACGAUUCUUGUCUUCGGGGUGCCUUGUGAAAUGGUUUCGUGAGAGCCAGUCUACGCGAACAAGAACAGAGUCAUGGCGGACGGUACGAAAAGUAAACGAUCUAAAGCGCGGCUUCAUUUUUCUAAGAAAGACGACAACAGUGCGACAUGCAACGAUUGUCGGGCAGUGAUAACAUGCAAAGGUGGAAACAGCAGCAACAUGCUUUAACGUUUGUCAUCAUCAAAUAUAAGAAGUCACAUGUAUUAGAUGAUCGCUGAUGGUCGUCAGCCGCCGCUGCUCUGUCUCAGCACGCCAUCAAAGGUACGUAUGUUCUGUGUUAACAUAAAAAUGCAUGCCAGACUAAACAAAGUAUUACGUUUUUUACCUAAUACCGACCGAAGUAAAUGCUGAAUAAAUAGUUUGUCGUUUGAUUAUUUUUAGACAAUGGCGUUUGAUUGUUUUAAGUUUUUAUCAAACUGUUUAAAACCAGUUAUAGAAGUCUGCUUGUCAUUGGCUCUCACUGAAGGUAGCGUACGUCUUUUUCUGUUAUCAGAGACUCGAUAAAAUUUUGAGUUAAAGGUGAAAACGUGUAGUCUACUUUACUUUUAAAUCAAAGAGAGGCAUUGAUAAGGGAGUCGUUAAAGAUUUGAAUCGAUAAGCAGAAUCGAUAAUGGCAUCCAUAUCGAUAAAAUCAUAUCAGUUCCCAUCCCUAGUCUGAAGUAAUAUUCUAAUUUUCUGAGAAAGUGAAUUGAAAACUCUGUGAAAAAAGGAGGAUUUAGUAAAAGUCAAAGCUGUAAUGUGAAGAGCCAAGUAGAGCCGAUAGAGCCAGCUGAGGCUGACAUGAGCCAAACGAUCUGGAUCACUAAAAACAGCCUCAGUUCUCAUCACUUGGAUCUAGGCUCAGGUUGUUUUUCACUAGAAUGAAGAAGGAUCCAAAUCCUGUUCUCCAAGAUGAUUAUCACAGCGAUGUUCUGGUUUAAAGAAAGAUGUACUUUGGUGAUUCAUGUUUUUAAAGAAUUCAGAUUCUUCCUUUGCAUCCUUCACUUCCUUAGUCCUCUGAGGUUGCAGCUGUCGGCCAUGUUAACUAAUGACUCGUCUCUGACUGACAUGUCAGCUCUCAGAUCAUACACACAUAAGAGUGCGGCGAUGAGCAGGACUGCAGAGCUUUCAUCAGUUCCUCUCUAUUCCUUCUACACAUUAAUUAUUGAUGCUGACAGAGAGGUAAACACGUUACAUCCUGUGAAUCAGAUACUUUUCCAUCACCUCUUGUUCAGGGUAUUAAAUGCUGGGACUUUAUUAAGUGUACAAGUUCUUUUUUGUCAGUAAAACCCUUGCCUCAUGUACAGAGACCAGGAUCCUUUAAGUCCCGGCCUCGUAGUUUGAACCUUUGCUGAACGCCAUCAUCCCCUCUCUGCUGAUUUUGUUGUGGCGUGUUCAAGCGCACUUUUCGAGAUAUUUACGCUGACUCUGCCUGACGAGGCUCCCUCAGAAGACUGUCAGUGUUAAAUUGAACCUAAUUGAUAACAAUAAUGUUUUUCACAGUCGUGUUUUCAGCAGCUGUCUCGGGUUAUUCGGCUCUUCUUCAUGUUUGCUUCGUCUUAUCUUAAGUAGCCCCUCUGUGGUUUGAAACCUGUUCUUCUGUCUGGUUUGAAAUCAUGUUCAUUAGCACGUAGAGGCGAAUAACUUCACCGUCACGGCCUCAGCGAGGAAAACAAAGUAACAGCUGAUGUGACAGUAAAUACGUCUGUUUUCCAGUAGCAGUAGAUUCCUCCUUUUUAUGUUUUUGUCCGGUUUUAGCGUAGCAUCAAUAACGGUCGAUUUAUCACUGCAGCACUUGGUCUUCUUGCUCUUCCUGUCAUGGUCGUGUCUAGACAGAGAUAAUUGUUGUCAUUGCAGGAGGUUGCAUCAACAUGGUCUAUUAUACACGCUCAUCGUUCAUGGACAUGCCCAGUUGAAUGAUACUCAGCAACAACGCCCUUAGGUUCAGUCGUAAUGUUUGCUGGAUGGCGUCACGGUUAUUGCAGACUGGAGUCGAUCUUGACGCUGGUCUUAAAAGGAACCCCCUUUUUUUCUUUGGGUGAUGGGAUGAUGGUGCGAAAUCUCCAGGAAGUACUGCGCAUUCACAUUUUUAAUCUAGUUUUGAAGAUCUACCUUAUGUGUUAACGAUUUUAAAGCCAUAAAAACAUUAAAGAUGUAAAUGUACUCAAGAACAUGGCGUGGGAUCUAUCCUUGGCCUGCAGAAGCGACAUUUGAGCAGCUCUUCUUGUACUCUUUCGCCAUCUACCUGCUGUCCUAAGCCCCGCCUCUUUAACGUUCAUAGAGUUGACUGUGAAUCAGCAUUUUAGUAAGUCAGACUCAUUGCCGAUGAGGGUUGGACUCCUCCGGGAUGCCGUUUGUCACCAAUCCUGUUCAUGACUCUGAUGGACAGAAUUUCUAGGUGCAGUCAGGAUGUUGAGAGGUCUACGGUGGUCUCAGGAUUGGGUCACUGCUUUAUGCAGAUGAUGUGGUCCUGUUGGCUUCAUUGGGCCGUGACUUUCAGCUCUCACGAUCUGAGUCCAUGGUUCUUGGACAGUUGGACUCAGAUUCUUAAAAAAAGGUGAAGGUCCCACCUUUCCCACCAAAGGUGAGAUCGACCGGCAGAUCGGUGCGGCGUCAGCAGGUAUAUGGUCUGUUAAGAGGGAGCAAAGUUCUCGCUAUCCAGUCGAUCUACGCUGUGGGUAAAGACCAAAGGAAGAAGAUCGCGGGUACGAGCGGCUGAAAUGAGUUUCCCCCUCAGGAUGUCUUGGCUCUCCCUCAGAGAGAGGGUGUGAAGCUCGGUCAUCUGGGCGGGGCUCAGAGUAGAGCCGCUGCUCCUCCAAGUUCAGAGGAGUCAGAUGAGAUGGCUUGAGCAUCUAAUCAGGAUCUCUCGUAGAUGCAUCACUGGUGAGGUGUUCAGGGCAUGUCCCAUUGGUAGGACACCAUAGGGAGGACCCAGGACACGCUGGAGAGACUGCCACAGGAAGAUCUGAGCAAAGUAGCCAGGGAGAGGAAGGACUGGGACUCCCUGCUUAGACUGCUGCCCCACUUCAGAUAAGGGGAAGAAGAUGGAUGGAUGGACAGCUCUACAUGGGGCCAGUUGAAGUAAAAAAUAAUAAGUAGGAAUUAAAUAUGUCGUCCUCAGAGGCAAAUGAGUCAGUGGCUGAAGGACUUCAAGAUCCAGAUCAGUAUGAGUCUGAACCUUUCAGAAUAAAAGAAGGCUGGAUCAGCAAAGUUAUAUUUUCAGAUGCUGAAAACAAUGUUAAAGUUGGAGGUCUGUAAGCCGCUGUCCUUGUCUGGAGGAAACCGUGAGUUAGACACGGGUCAGAGUCUUUAUCUGCUUUAUAAUAUCAGAAACAAGUUCAUGUUAAUGGGAAAACUAAAAUACUUGACAGACUUGGACGACACGACAGGAGCUGCACCAUGUUGUAUUUAGAGUCCGUGAAACUAAGCCACACUGAGCCGUGUCAGGUUUCCAGAUGAGCAGAAUCAGAUUGAAGAGCCAAGAAAGCAUGAAGACAAAGUCCUGCAGGUCACUCCCUCCUCUUCCUCCUCUGGGUCUAACACCUUUUAAACACUGAGACACAAACACUGCCCAAGAUUCCCCUGGAGCAGCAAUAUAUAAUAUUUCUCCCUCAUCACACAGAUUAGUCAGAACGAACCCUCUCACCUGUAUGAACCAGGUGUUGCAGUGACCUUUCAUGUGUCUUUGUGCUGCUAAUUGGACUCCCAGUUGUUUGUUGUAGUGUGCCAGAAGCCGGGCAGAUGGUUUUUCUCUGAAAUAUGUGUCUUUAUAACAAAAUAAAGCUGUGAUCGCUGCGAGGAAUCGCUGAUUGUGACUUUAGAUCCUGUAAAAAGAGAGUUUCUCUGAGCACUUGGGAGCUUUUACAGCUGUUUUCUUCUUCUGUAAAGAGAUGCAGGAAAAUACAUGUUCAAUCAAAUGUACUUCAGCAUAGCUGUCAUUUCUGACAGUGCUCUCUCAAAUUGCUUCUUACUUUGAGUGGGCUGAGGGAGGAUACAGCCUUCUUCUGCGACGUCUUGAAUCAUUUCACUUAUUUCCUGAAUGGGAACGGAUCCGUACUGCCAUCAUCUCUUCUCCUCAAAAGUCAGAAAGCUGCCAUCAAUUUUACUCAGAAACUCCGUGAUUUCUUUCCUCCUACCAGUGCACACAAUAUGCCAGACAGAGUGCGAUCGAAGGACACAGUUUGGUGGGAACGAAGCUCAGACAAUGGGAUACAGCGACGGCACUUGGUAUUCAUGUGUCAUAGCCGUAAAGGAGCAAUGACAAAUUCAAAACUGAGGCUGGCGUGUGGGAGGCUGAUACUAGUCUCCUUCUUUUCCUUUCCUGCUCCCACAAGUAUCAUCAUCAGUCUGAAGAACAGUAAUUUUAAUCAGGAGAAAUACCAAAACAACAGAAACUCCCUCUAAGAAUAUGUGGCUCUAACAUGGUGAAAGAAUGUUAAUUAUUACUGAGUCUAUGUUUAUAGGACAGAGCUGCUUCGUUUUGGUCUGCUGUGAGCUAAAAGACUUCGACCACGGGCACAGAUAUUAGGCUGGUGUCACUCCUGCACAAUUUACCAAAACAGCCUCAAGUGGACACUCAGGGAACUGCAGCUUUUAGCACGUCUGCAUCAACUUCACUUCUCAAGGCUAGGGCUGGACGAUUUUUGCGGAACUAGAUUUUCCAUUUUGAUUUUUUAUUCAGUGACAACUUCACCAAACCUCACUUUAAUAAUAAGUUUUUCUAUCAUCUCUCAAAACACAACCACUGAAAAUGAAGUAGUGCAUAUGCCAAGCCAGUAAGUGGCGCUGUGACGCUGAACAGGAAAUGUUCUAAAAGACAGAAGAAGAGUACAGAGCAUGUGUAUAAAGGUUGUUUUGGCGCCAUAAAAGAGUUACUCUGUGUGUCACAUGAUCGUUUCCAGAGAUGCAGAUAGACAUCCACACGGAGAUGAAAUGGUCGUCGUUUACAGAUUUAUUCACUCUCUGACCCGUUUUCAAAAAGUACCGUUUACAGUCACCUGAAACAUCGUUUCUGUGUGGAUGAAACACCGAUACGACAAAAAACUUUUCCUCCUGAAUUAGUUUCCGUGGUGACGGGUUGAUACCGCCUUCAGACAGACUUUACAGCAGGGAGUGGUUUACUCUUCAUCUGAAACUGUGAAGUCGUACCAAUUCAUCACGACUGACUCGCUCUUGUCCUAUUUAACCACAAAAUUAUCGCCUUCUUUUACAAGCGCCAUGUUUUUUUUACACUAGUGUGUGUGGGAAGUGGGGAGCCUACGGUGGCCUGGAGGGGCGAGACAUGAUAGAGAGGAAAAUCAAUUUGAGGGUUUUGAUUUUUUUAACAUGGUCAUAAUUAAAUAAUCUGAUUAUGAUUUAAAAUCGAUUUACUGUGCAGCCCUACUUACAUGUUACUCAAAAUGGAGCUGGUGAUCUAUAGCGGUGACAAGGUAAAAAUAUAUCGAUCAUUUAUGGUGAGCUGUGGCUUAUGACUGAAAGACCAAGAUCGCAGGUACAAAUUUCGCUUCUUUUUGAGCUGUCCGCUCUAGUUUGAGGCGUAUAUCCUGAUCGUAGCAUCACAUGACCUGAAUCACCCAAAUGCAUUUGAAUGCAGCUGAACUCAAGACUGAAGGUUGCUGCUUGUUUGAUUCUCUAACGAUGGAACUUUAGACAUGCAAUAAAAAUGGAGAUAAAUUCAAAUUAACGGUUCCUGCUGAAUAAAUUCAAAGGUUUGACAGUAACUGCUGUACAUGACUCCACUCUAAUCGAAGACUCCUCAUGGCUCUGUGAGCUGAGGAUGUUAUCAGAGCCGACUUCAUAUCUGUGUCCUGGACGAAACCUUUUCAGGGAUUAAGCCAUUUACCAAAUAAAACCCUCUCAGUGGAAAGAACAUGCUGUUGCACAUCUACUGCUACGACUCCCACUCCAUCCAGCUUUUUCAAGCACCAUUUGGCUGAUGUCUAUCUUCCACUAGGGACCAGGUGACCUCAGUGGGCUCCCUUUGAGAGACUCUUUAUCAGAACAGCUGGUCUGAGCUGGUCACUCUCUCAUCUUAUCCAUGCAGGAAACCCACUCAAGUGUAACCCUCACCAAGAAAUGUCCAUUCCUGCCCUUGGGACUCAGGUUCAGUGUUCGCAGACAUCUUUGCUGAAGAAAAUCUUCUUUUUUUGCUUGAGUGAUACUUCACUCUUUCAUACACUGAGCUACUUUUCCUUUAAUGCACUCUUGCCGUAUGAAAGCUCACGUUGACGCACAUCUCUGGAACCUUCUUUUCCACUUAAUGGUCCCAGAAUUUCUUGUGUUUGACAUUAUCUCCAUGUUUGUCCGAGAUCUUGCAAUGAUCAUGAAAAUGUGUGGAGGAAAGUGGUGCAUUAUGCCGUUUUCAUCAUCUCAGUCGCACCAUAACAAUUACAUGCAAUUGCACAAAUUUGUGUGCACCAGAUCCAAAUGGUCUCAUCUUCAAGUCCUGACACGUGUGGUCUUCUGAUGCUUUUUCUUAUUUCGUCUUUCUCUUAUAAUGAAACAACAGCACAGGACUUUAAAGUUGCCCACAGCUACUUUCUUUUACAAUCAAUAAUUCACACACCUUCACUUAAGUAUUCAUUGCAGAACCAACAAACUGUUUUUCAAGGAAGAUUGUUGUGGAGGCGAUCUGUGAUCAUCCAGUUUAACCAGGACGGUUUCCUCCUGAGAUUUUAGUGCGUUGAGCCUAGGGCUGGGCGAUAAGAGAAAAAGUUUAUCACAGUAUGUUUUUUUCAUAUCAGUCAAUAUGUAUCACAUAAAAUCAAAUCAUAUAAAAGAAUCACUUGCAGCAACUUUUUUCACAAGGAGCACAUGUGGUUGAAAAAGUAAGGAGCACACAAAGAACUUUAGGGGCACAAUAAAAAUUAAUCAAAUAAUGUUUGUCUUAUUGGUCGACAUAAAUACUAUUAUUUGAAAUCAAUUUCAAACAACUUAUUGACGGUCCCUUAUUUAACACCUGACGUUGACAGUGAGGGUGUCGAGUAGAUUUAACAGAUUUAACAUUUUUUAAUGGUCUACCAAAACAUGGCAUAUACAAAGCAUAUUGACCGUGUUUCAUAUCGAUAUCGAGGAAAAUAAAUUUUAUAUAUGUAUUUUUUAUCUUUUUAGCCCAGCCCUUGUUGAGCUCAAAAUACGAAUCACUGGAUGCCACAAAUAUCAGGAUGGCGCCGAUGGUGUAGAGGUUCUCCCAUUCGCCCAGAUCGAGUAUUAAUAACCUGGACAGAGCGGAAAAAGAGAGACGCUCCAUCUGGUCUGGAAAUAGUCCCCUCUGCCCCUCCAGUCGGCUUCGCUUUAACAUUUCAUGUGAUUGAGGAGUGUGUGACGUGUGUUUGUACGUUGUUGUGUGGUCUUUUGAUAGUUUCUAUUAGAGUAUCCCUCCACUCAUGCUCUCCCUCUCCAUCAGCCUGUCACCUGUUCCUCAGUGACUCAUGUGUCCCAUGUGGUUGCUGCUGUAUAUAUAGUACCUAAGUGGUCGCUCCACUCCACAGCCAUUUGUUGAGCUGUGUGAAAACAGACGUCAUUUUCUGUACCGUCCAUCCUUCUUACUCUCUCUCUCUCUCUCUCUCUCUCUCUCUCUCUCUCUCUCUCUCCCUCCCUCCUUUUUAACAGACCUCGCUUCCUGGUCUUAGAUGUGUUGUUAUUGUUGUUCUAUGAAUAAGAUAUAUGUAGCCUUAGGCUCUGAGAAUGGCAUUCCACCUUGCUGCUCCGUAAAUACAGUGUGAAGGAGAAUGCUGUAUAUAUGUAAACACACACACACACACACUCAACCAAACGCGCACACACACACAGACACACACACACACUAGGCCAGCUGAAUCACUGUAAUAUUUAACAGUUUUCUAACAAACACUUUGAAGCUCGGGAAAUUUGGCUUUUCAUGUUUCUGCUGCAGCCGAGAGUUGAAUUAUCAUUAAUAAGGAAAAAAAAGAAAGAAGAGCACAACUUUCCUUUUCUUUUGUGAAAUGCAGACAUGCAUAUGCAAUCUGCUCACAGCAGUGGUCUGUGGUUCUGGUUUCAUGAGGUGCUCCAGACUCUCUUUGAACAAAACCAUCCCUGUGGAAAUCCAAACCGUGCUGAACCAUGGAGAGGAGGAUUAUAAUCUGUCCCAGUUUACCAAGGAACUCCUGCAGUGGGGGUAUCUAAAGAUCUGUAUCCAUUCCAGUCUGAAAGUACAGACCUCCUAAAUAAUUAAAGAUUCAUUCAUCACUUGUGCAAAGUUUAAGCAAGAGAGACAUGAGCUCUUUUAUGAAAACUCGUCUGUAACAGCAAUGUAAGGAAUUUCAUCCACUCAUCACUCCUUCAUAUCUGACUUUGUCUCUUUCUGCAUGGAAAUACUGUGACAGAAAAGCUGCAGGAAUUUCAUACCAUAUAAAAGCAGAGUAUGUAAAGUGCUCAGGUACUGCUAUCAGAUAUUAUUUGGAUCCUUUCGAAGCUAAUUCCCCUCCUACUCAUGUCUGUUUUCAACCCUCUGACACCUUUAAUGAGGAACUUCACUAAUGUACACAUGAGGAACGGGCAUUUUAAGAAAGUCCCUUAAUCAAUUAAUCAGACAAAUUAACGAUCAAUCAUAGAUUUAAUCGAAAACACCCAAAAAAAGUGAUUUUCCUCGUUGACAUACCCACUCCUCAAACUGUUGUUCAUGACUAUGCGCCACAUGCUCACUCGUGUUUCCUCCCUGCCCAGGUACCGUAUAACUGUUGUUUUUUUUCUCGUACAUGAAACUCUUAAACCAGGAGACAACUUUAGCCGGGGACAGCUCAUCCAAAACGGGGACUGUCCCCUGAAAUCAGGGAUGUCUGGUCACCCUACGGUUCCUCUUUGCUAGCAAGGAGCUGAUGGUAGGUCGAGAUGAGAGCGCUCAGAAGAUUCAUUAACCUUCGUUAACCCUACCGACUCGACCACUGAGCCCCAGUCUCUCCAUUUAGGAUUGACUAACAGCAACAUUAAAUCUUUUAUCGUAAUUAGGGAUGUAACGGUAACCGGUGUAAUAGGAAAUCAUGAUAAAAAUGUUGAUGAUAGUGAUCAUCGUUUUAAUUUCAGAAACCGGUGUGGUGGUGGGGGGGUAAUGAAUGAAUCAGCUGUGUGAUCGCCGAUGAAAACUCGCUAAUGCUAAUACAUGCAUGCUCUGCGUCAUGACGCAUGGUUACACAUGAGUCUGAGGUAGAGCCACAUAAGAAAAAAAAACAUUUUUAAGGUGUGACGGUGUCAUGACCAGUUUCAUGUAGGAGAAACUCUGCGUUAGUCAUCACAGUUUAAUCCGAGUCUCCUGAAGUGUCCGCGCAGGCGCGCUGUGUAGACUACAAUUUGUGUUUUCAUGGUGGAAGGAGGAGACGACAACGCCAUUGACAUCCAUCAACCCUCUGAGAGGACCAUUUUGAAAGUUUUUGGUUUUCAUAGGAAUGUCGGGGGAACACUUAGUUGAAGACUAAUCCUGUCUAGAUACAAUGAAACAAUGAAAACAAAUCAUCGUUUAGUGUUAAUUAAAAACAUCAAACAUGCCAUAAUCAGUGCCUUUGAAUACAUUUUUAAAAAUACCACAAUAAUACAGAAAAUCAUGAUUAUUUUGGUCAGAGGCCGAAUUUUCAUCCCGUUACAUCUCUAAUCAUAAUCCUAGAAAAGACCCACAAUGCCGCUGUCAUUUUCGCUCUCCUGUGUGUCCACGAACAGAGCUCCAGGUCAUUUUAGGAGAAUCGAGGAGACCGCGGAGGAGACCGCCAAGGAGACCAAGUCCCCAAACAGAUGAAUAAAUAUCCUCCUCGGGAACUGUUGGCUGUAAUUGGUAACGUCGUCAGUGUUGUCACAAGUUAAUCAACCUCUGGGAAAAUGUCCUCGCUGCGGCCUCCCAAAUGUGCAGUUAAUGAUAAUGACACCUUCUUCUAUUUCAUGGAUGACCAUCCUGGUUUCAAAGUUUGGAUUUAAUGGUUUUAUUUCAGAGGAUCAGACUUUCUUCAAACUCUUUGGAGGAAAAAUGUAGAAUAGGAGAGUCAGGGAAGCAGCUUCUUUAGGUUUGAUGAGAGUUUAUCCAAUUAAAAGAUGAUUAGCUGUUUCUUGGCUCCUCCAUAAAGCAACGCGCUCGAACGCCGAAGAGAAAAUAAACGCUCUUUGUUUUGGCUGCCGAGCGGUCAAUUAAAACUUUCUCCCUUCAGCUCGGUCCAGGCAUCAGAAAAGUGCAGCGUGACAGCCGGCGCCAAAUCAUUCAAAUGUUUCUGUCUCUGCUUGACCUCAUUUUAAGGAUGUACGUUUGGAAGAGUUCAAACUUUUUUUGACAGCAUCUAGCUGUUGGCUGCGUUUGUCGGACUUAACUCGCCGUUUUGUGCUGAGUUUACAGCUCUAAUCUACAUAUCUGUCUCACACUAUCUGGCUCUCCCUUCCUCACACACACAAACACACACAUGCGCGCGCAGACACAUCCUUGAAUAAACUCUACCAACACAGAUGUAAAACUUCUAAAAGCUUUUUGUGAAAAGCAAAUAAAUGCAGACUUUAUCAGUCGGGUUUGAAAUGUGAUUUUUAUAAAAAUCCUCUUGUUUUGGAAAGGACGAUCUUUCUUCUCCUUUUAAAUGAUAUAAAGCGUUAUUUAUAAGCGUGUGAGUGAUGGUUUUUACCCUCCGUUUCCCCGCUGAAGGCCAUGAUACCCCCCCUCCCCUUUGUUUUUCACAUGUUCUCCUCCAUGUCCUUCACUAUAACCCAUCUUCACAUCCCCUCUCUCCUCGUCUGCCUCUUGCUCUCCUGCGUGCCCGUAGUUUAUUUGGCAGCCGUCGCUCGGGGGCACACAGAAUCUAAUUUAGCCAGUAAUCAAGAGCUCAGAUUGGUGUGUGCACAUCAUGUGUGUGUAUGUGUGUGUAUUUCCUUUUAUUACCAUUAAGCUGGGAUGGACUCCUCUCGUUUUUCCAGACCUCAUAGAGUCAGAGGAAAACCAAAUUAGAAAAGAGUUUCCAGGAAACCGUAUCCUCCUUGUUUGUUUUAAGAUGAGCUCCUUCACCUGUUUUUCCUCUGUGACUUUAUCUGAAUUUACACUUUAUACUUUAUGAACGUGUUUAGUUUGUUAAAUAGAUGCCCUUCAGUGACAGAGAUGUUGUUAAACUCUUCUGUCGCAGUGGUUGAGGAUUCCUCUUUAGAUGAUGUUUUUAUUGUUUAGCUUAAAUUCAACCAGCUGGUUCGUUUUUUGCAACAAAAAAGCUCCAAAUUUGUUGGAGGGCAGAUGUGUGAAGACACUUUGAUGAACGCCGUGACCUUUUGUGUUUCACUGACAAAGGCGGCUGCCAGCUCUGACGUUGAUGUGCCACACUUAAAGGGACAUUCCGGUGUAAAACUAAUUUAGGGUCAAACACACCAAAACACAGAGUUAGACCCCCCCUCCAGAGAUGAAUGUUGCCGACCGCUUGCUUCUCUAGUUAUACCAACUUUAGUAACAACUGCAGGAUAGCAAUACACAGCGGUCUGAGGAGCCAUAAACAAACCUCAACCAAAACGCCACUCUAUAGCCACAAAUAAUGCUCAGAACAGCACCUAACUUCAUCAACAGGACAUAUAGGGUCACAGACAUAGUUCUAGACACCAAACAUCUUUUUAACUUUGACUCAUUUCUUUAGCAAAGAGACUAAACACAACUCACCUACUCUCUUCCAGCAGCCACUUGUUUGUGGGGGAGCCCUGACUAGUCGAUCACAGAGUGCAGCGGAUCAUUUCCAUGAACUAAUAAUCACCAUAUUAAUCAUUUUGCACUGCAGACGUGAUAGUUAUUCUGCAUUAGCGUCUCGGUCUUACUGAAUUUCCAUGAAGAAAUUAUCAUAAAUGUUCUUCCUUGAGCUGCGAAACUCCGCUGCACUCAGUGAGCGACUCGUCAGGGCUCCCCCAAAAACAAGCGGCAGCUGGAGGAGAGUGGGUAAGUUGUGUCUGUUCUUUUUGCUAAAGAAAUUAAAAAUAGCUAAAAAGAUGUUUGAUGGCUACUUCUAUGGCUGGGACCCUAUAUGUACUGUUCAUGAAGUAGGACUGGGCGAUAAACUGAAAAUUUACCGAUACCAAAAUAUACGACAAUAACCAACGUCACCCAUCUCCUUCCGUUUAUCCUACCGAAUCGGUUCCCUGGGGCAGCAGCCCAAAAACAGGAAGCCCAGACUUCCCCUCCCCCGAACACGUCCCCAGCGAGGCGUCCUGGAGAUUAAUUUGACGUGUGAUCAGGUUUCCUCUAACACCACUUUUGCAAUACAGAAUUAAAGGUCCAAUCCUUGAGAAAUGAACAAAUUCUCGAUUCGAACACUUCCUUGCUCAUCCCUCCUGGGAGGACAAGAAGCUCCUGUCCUCCUUCUACCUUCACUUAAGUCUUUUUUCAAAGACCUAAUACUUUUAUGGAUCAUUACACCACAGAUUCAGGAUAAAUUCUUCCUCUGAAGUCACUUUGAAUGGUCUUGCCUUAAAUUAUGUCGAAUCCAAAGGCUGUAUUGGCCGACAGUCUUUUUCAUACCAGAGACAUAUCGGAUAUUCUUGGUGCUCUGCUCACUGUGUACGAGUGCAGGUUGUUCCUGCUGCUGCUGCUGCCUGUUCUGCUCUGUGCUGAGGGCAAAGAGGAGCACACGGGGAAAUAAAGCAGGUAGGCAGUUUGAUGCUCAUAACGCUGCUGUUCACUCCUUCAGCCUCAGCAGAGAAGCUUUUGGCAGGCUGGAAGAAGCAGAGCAGUCAUAGGUUACGCCAAAUAAAUAUCUUUGGAUACAGAAGGUUGGAAAUAAUGCCACUUGAUUGUAAUCCAAACUCUCCGUCUCCCACACAAGCGUGAAGGAGAAUUGCUUCAUCCUUGCAAGGCUGGCAUCAGCGUUUGUUAAACUGAAAAAUGUGAACAUAAGCCACUAAGUGACUCGUUAGAUUGUUGCAACACCCUGAGAGUCUGGAUGAUUUCAUACAUGUGUAAGUCUCUCCACCUGUUUUCAUAUACGUACACAAUCUGCACAGAGAGCCUGAAAUCUGGGAAGUUUGACCUAAAGUUUAAAAAAAUAAAAUAAAGUUGAGGUGAAUAAAAACAUGAAAUAUGCAAGAAUGAAUGAGGAUGAUGAAUGCACUCUAUUUUUUAAUACUUGGAUUUAGACGGUAGAUGCGAUAUUCGCCACGUCACCUGCUCUGUUAAGGGUUGCAUUACUGCAGUUGUUGUGCAGGACUUGACUUCAGGAUUAUCUGUACAUGAAGAAAGGAAAGAAAAAAGAGAGACAAGGAAGGAAGUAAUACAUCAGAAAUAUGAAGUAUCUAAUGUAUGACAUCAUUUAUUUUAUAAUUAUUAUGACUAUAUCCCAACACAUUUAUUUUGUUUUAUAUUUAUACAUUAUCUUAUACAUUUAUUAUUCUUUUAUUUAUGUAUCUUCAUUUAUCUACUCAUUUACGUAUUUUGUAUAUAUAGAGAGAUUUUUUACACUUAUUCAUUAUUCUAUCAUUUUUCUAUUUUUAUAUAUUUACUUAUUUAUGUAUUUAAUUUAUACACAUAAAAUAUAUGAAUUUAUGUAUUAUUCUAUUAUUUAUCUAUCUACUUAUUUAUUUUAUAUUUAUAUAUUUAUAAAUUUAUUAAUUAUGUUAUUAAUUAUCCAUCUACUUAUUUAUUUAUUUGUUUAUAUUUUCAUAUUUUUUUAAAAUGAUUCAAUUAUUUAUUUUUUUUAAUAUAUAUAUUUUUGAAAUACUUUUUUGAAUUAAUUUAGUAUUUAUUUAUCUACUUAUGUUUUUAUUUUUAUUUUAGUUUAUUUGUCUUUGUUCUGUUAUUUUAAUAAUUUACAAUUUCAUUUUUGUAAAUAUUGCUCUUUCAUAACGCUCACUUUUUCUUCUUUCAUUCUCUCUUCAACAAUUAAAAUUUAUAAGAAGGGAAAAAGAAGGACCAUCACACCCACAAACACACACACUCCCUAACACACAUAAAAACACCCACACUUUUUAAACACAGCCUUACAACACCUUCAAACUUAAAUUAUCUAAAUGUUAUGUGUUCCUGCUUUACUUGUCGCUUUAUUGUUUUGUCUCCAUUGUCUGUUUGUACUGCGUAUAUGUUGUCAACCACUUCUUAUGAUUGUCUUGCAUCACCUAAUGAAAAAAAAGGAUUACCUUAUAAUCCCUAAAAGUCCGUGAGGUCAAGUCCUCGUGUUUUCACCCCAGGAGCUGAUGAAAGUGCACAACCCUACUCAUUUAACCCCAGAAUCAUUUAAACCCUGGAUUUUUGCUGACUCAGUGAAGUUCGGUCGGUCACUUCAUGCAUGUGCACACGUUUUGUAUCUGCAGACCCUCAGUGCCGCGCUGCUCUGAAACUGUAUUAUAAUUCUGCAGCGCGGCGGUUGCGUGACUCUGCGCCGACAUGAAUAAGUAGAUGACCUUUGCUCACUCUUAAAGAUGUUUGUAUUCUCGUACAUUUAUGUUGUCAGCGCCGCUCUGCUGCAUAACUAAAAAAGGUCAGGCUUUUCCAACCGCCCAAAACGCUGCGACUCAAUUGCAGCUGUGAUGAACUAACCCGAGUACGACUUGGAGUCUGUUAAAACAAAUGGACCGAUUGAACAUCACAUAAUUCAUAAUCUGUCUUCGUCCCGCUCUUUUAAUUAAAAGAAAGGAGAAUGAGACCGAACUCAGACUCUUCCUCGAGUAGAUAGAGUAUGACAAAAAGUGUAGUUUAAUGAUGAAUGGCAGAAGUUUGUAGUAUUUAAGUUGUACAAUUUGUCUGGAGUCAGUGGAAGUGAAGGCAUGGAUUGAUUUCUUGGAAGGCACUUUUCAGAUGUUCUCCGUUUAUCAUCUCCUCCCAACUGCUUCCUCUGAAUCACACACUCUCUCUAUAAAACACUUCCCGGCCUUUUCAUCAGGAAAGUCUCUUCCGGCUUUUAUGAUUCGUACAUACUUUAUACCAAAUACAUAUCUCCAAGGACAAAGAACAAUAAUAAUUUCGCUUCUUGCACGGUUGUAGCUGCUGUGUGAUGAGCUGCAGCCACGUAUUUUAGAGGCUUGUGAGGUAUUUUCAGUGAAAACUUCAAAUGCAGUUUAGUUGAUCGAUACAGGGAGUGGGAAAAAGUCUGUGGGGAAGGACGGAGAGAGAGACACUCUCUGCUAGAUAUCAAUACUUUUUAGCCCUGUGUCCUUUUCCAUCCAAACUAAGACCAGACAGACUCAGAUAGACUACCUGAUCUGAAGACAUGAUCAGGAACCGCAAUAGAAAAGUGUCUUUGGUCACAUUAAGGGGAUUUUUUUCUCAUUUUUAGAGUGGAUGUCCCGUCAGGAUAAGAAUCAAUAGUUAAGUCGAUGAAUUUUUCAGUGUGUGCUGUAUGGGCUAAAAACAAAGAUUUCCUGCAUAUUUAAGCUGUUCUGGCAUUGCAGAUAUAUCCCAGGAUGCAUUGCAAUGACUCUUUAUUUUGUUUCCAAAAAACAAAAAUAGAAAAACAGGAAGCUAAAUGUAUAUUUAAGAUACUUUUUUGCAAACUAAACAGCAGCAUCAAUAUCAUGUGAAUACAUAUCAUAAAUAAAGAUAUAAAAUCAAAGUGAAUUCAGCACAAGAUGCUGCUGAUAAAAAGCUUCUAAUGCUCCUCUUUUGUCGUCAUUGUUUUUUUCCACUUAUCCACGUCCAGGUCGCAGGGGCAGCAGCUUCAGGAGGGAAAUUUCUUUAGCAAAGAUACUAAACACAACUCACCUAUUCUCUUCCAGCAGCCGGUUGUUUGUAAACCUCAGGCCAGCCCAUUACGGACUACAGCGGGGUGACGCAGCUCAAGGAAGAACAUUUAUGAUCAUUUCUUUAUCAUUUCCUUGAAGUAAUAAUAACCAUAUUAAUCAUUUUGAACUUCAGACGCGGUAGUUCUUCUGUCUUAGUCUCUCGGUCUGAUUGAAUUUCCAUAAAGAAAUGAUCAUAAAUGUUUUUCCUUGAGCUGCGUCACCCCGCUGUAGUCCGUAAUGGGCUGGCCUGAGGUCUCGCUACAAACAAGUGGCUGCUGGAGGAGAGUAGGUGAGUUGUGUAUAGUCUCUUUGCUAAAGAAAUGAGUCAAAGUUAAAAAGAUGUUUGGUGUCUAGUACUAUGUCUGUGACCCUAUAUGUCCUGUUGAUGAAGUUAGGUGCUGUUCUGAGCAUUAUUUGUGGCUAUAGAGUGGCGUUUUGGUUGAGCGCGUGGCUCUCUGUAUUGCUAUCCUGCAGUCGUUACUGAAGUUGGUAUAGUUAGAGAAGUAAGCGGUCGGCAACAUUCAUCUCUGUGGGGGGUGUCUAACUCGGUGUUACGCCGUGUUUGACCCUAAAUUAAUUUUACACCAGAAUAUCCCUUUAAAGCUCCUGUAAGGGACUUUUAGUUUAUGUUAAUAUUAGCGUCCCCUGUAAACAAAGGAGUCUUGGUGUAUCUUGUCUUCUUCAUGCUUAAAUCUUAUCCUGUUGAUCUUUAAACAUUUCAGACAUUAAAAAAAAAUUUCCAAUCUUGUUUUGUUUAUCAAAAUACAUCAUUAUGAAUUUCUCUUUCUGUCUCAGGGCGACUACGAUCCGGCCAAAACCCGAGUCCUCCACUUCAAAAUGAACCCAACAAGCCUUGCCAAACAAGAGCGCCAGCAGGAAGUGGAAUCUCUCCGGGAGGAAGUGACGAGCCUCAGAGAACUGGUGCGCUCACUGCAGGAGGGGGGCGCUGUGGCGCACACACAGGACUACUCCUGCGUGUCAGGCGUCAGCCUCAGUAUGCCGCCAUCCAAGGAGGUGCUGGGUAAGAAACCCCGACCCAGAUUCUCUCUCCAGACUCCCUUUGUGCUCGAUCGCCUUAUUAGCUUGUGCACACCUCGUAAUAAAUGAGACCAGGUUGGGCCGUUGCGUUGACUCGUUCAUCGCCCGUUACAUUUCCAUCACCAUAAAUUUUUAUGUGGCUGAACACAGGUGCCUCGGCGAAGAUUAGGAGCAGAGCAACAUUAUUGGAGGAAUAACAUGGAGUGUGUUAAUGUAGGACACAGUCAGAACGGGACCAUUAAGAAGCUCUAAUUAGUCACAGACAGGUACUAUUGAAUCCCGCUCUAAAUCACCUCGUUUUACAGGAUUCACUUUCCCGUACACUUGAUUGAGUUUCAACAUGUUUUGAUGUAAAAAUAGGUAUUUUCAAAGUUAACACAUUUCAGGUCCCAUUUCCUUUGAGGAUGAUGAAGAAGAUCAGACAAGAGGAAGAGGGGAAUCGCUUCAUUGAUAUUUAUAGAAGAGGCCAGUGAGGCUUUUGUCCUCUGUGGAGUGGAUGACAGACACUUAGAGCAGGGAAGUGUAGUUAUGACAGGGUUAAAUAUUUAAUUGGGGUUCAGGGCUCUUCAGUGCCAGAAGUCUAAUUUGUCUUCCAGGAAGCGCUCGGUCCACUCUUGGUUCUCUUUAACUUCUCUCUCAUCUCUUCUCUUUUGAACCCCGUCUUAUGUUUUCCUCUCCCACCUCUCUUCCCUCCCGUCUUUAGUCCUUUUUUUUUUUUUUCAGUCCAUGUGGCGACGUAAUUGAGUUUCUUACCAGUGUGCUCAUUUUAGACUUGUGCAGAUAAUGCAGACCUAUUGUGUGGGAUCUGUUCUUAUCUUCAGAUGUCUGAAACAGGAUCAGAGAUGAACGGUAUCGUCUUCGUGUCUUUGAGGGCGACUCAGGUUAGAAAAUAGGAGUUUAAGACCCUGGAACACCUUUAAGUCCAAGUUUUUUGGCUGAAAAAAAAAAAGAGGUUGAACAAAAUUUAAAAUGUUCUGCUGCCUUCUGAUCACCCAGAACGCCCCCUGCAGGCAGAUAUAGGGCUGGGCAAUAAAAUGAAAAUUUACUGAUACCAAAAUUUACAACAAUCACCAACGCUACUUUGCCCACGUCAUUAAAGUCGGCGUCAAAAAACGAAUAAAUAAAAGGGUGAGCAGCUUGUGGAGUAGUCAUCGUCCGUUAAUCGUCAUUGAGGUGAACUGAUCAAUAUAUCGUGGUAUUUAUUUGAGGCCAUAUCACCCACCCCUAGGCAGAGAUGUACAGUACAUCUUAUUUCUCCUGGUCGUUUUUUCCUGUAUUUUCUGACAGUGAGUCUCAUCGUCAGUUCAAGGUCGAAGCUGGAUCAGGUGAUUCAACAGGACUGAACAGUCCUUGUCCCAGUUUACAGGAACAUGUGACAGAAACAUGUCAGCCUCUGGUACCGAUUGUGUCCCGGUUCAAUCAAUCAAUCUUUAUUUGUCUCGCACUUUUCAUACAACACACUUUGGCGCAAAGUGCUUUACACACACAGGAAUAAAAGAAAGAAAAAAUACCGACCCUGCCUGACUCCAACCACGUCCCCUCAUCCCAACCUCACAAUCCAAACACAAUAAUGGAGAGUUAUAAAAUUCAUACACUAGAAAAGAUCUCGAUUCAGUAAAAACAGGAAUAUGUGCACUGAGGAAACACUGGAGGUAAAAAUCUAAAGAUAAAAUAACAUGAAAUGAAAUCAAAGAAACAAUAAAUUAAAAUGAAAACUGUAAAAAGACGCUGAAGCACCAAAAUAACUCAAUUAUUCUGACAUUAAAACAAAAACGAGAUAAAAGCUUAAACACUCAAACAAAAUUAAGUUAAUGAUGUAAAAUUUUGGUAAAAGCAAAACUUAAAAGGUUUUUUAGUUUGAUUAAAAAACGUUAACGUGUCACGGAUCAGAACAGUUGGGAUGGGAUGUACGCCAAACGAUUUAAACAUGGUCAUUUUUACAACUCUGUACCGUGAACGUUUUGUCUUUGUUCUCUGAGGUUUUGUUGACUACCCGGUUUUCUAGUAACGCAUCCAUGUUGUUUCCACUGGCCUCAGGUCCGAUCCCCAACCACAUCAUCCAUGAAUUUGAGAACUUUGAUUUAGUGAGAUUUGAGUCAAGCUAACUCGCUUAUAUGUGUUUUAAAGUCCAGUUUCAAUUAAACUAAUGCAGUGAACCAUUUUUUUCUUAUAACAUGUAAACAUAGGGCUGGGCGAUACGGCCUCAAAUCAAUAUCAUGAUAUAUUGAUCAGUUCACCUCAAUAACGAUAAAUGGACGAUAACUACUCCACCAGCUGCUCACCCCCUCCCACAUCAACUUCGUCUACUUCAGCCGCUCCAACUUUUGAACAGUCCUCCAUCUCCUCACCUGUCUUUCCCUCUUUGUUACAGACUGGAUGGGGUGGAGUCACGUCUCUGAUGUAGGACAGCGUCUUAAAGGGACAUGAGACCAUAGCCUACCUACACACAUCCAAAAACAACUUUAAUUUAUUCAUAUUUUUGACACCAAAUAUACCGAUAUGGUCAAAAUGACGUUGGUUAUUGUCGUAAAUUUUAGUAUUGGUAAAUUUUCAGUUUAUCGCCCAGCCCUAUAUAAACAUAUGAAGGUUUCCUGAAGUUAAAUGUGUCACAGAGGCUAAAAAAUAAAAUCAAACUUUAUUUAUAAUCUCUAUCCGCUUUUCUUUUCCUUCUGAAAAUGAAACCAUAAAGGACAAAGACGGACUUUUCACUCAGGUGUGUGAUCGAGGUCUGACGGUGGACAUCCAGCUAAGCCCUGCAGUUGUGUUGUCAUCAUUGUGUGUGUUUGUCUCUGCGUGGAGUGAACAAGGGGGGAGAAGGGGAGGGUUCAAACAAUGUCGGCCCAUGAGGAGGACUCAUGAUUUUCAUUUUCACAUUAAUGCAGAUGAAUGUAUUCACUCGUCUGACACGCCCCUUCACCGCCUUCUCAGGCCUUGAACAUAAUCGAUUUAUCUUUAUAAAUCCACUCACUGAUGGUUCUGUUUGCUUCAGGUGUCAUGAAGAGCAAUCAUAAUGGAUUUCAAUCUGGUUUACAGCUGGUAAAAACUCCUUUAAAUAACCUGUAACAUUCACCCGUCACAUGACUGGCGGCGAAGCAGCCGUGUGUAACACCAGCUAGUGUUUCCUGAACCCGCUCGCUCUCUGGUCGGGCCUCUGGGGGGAGUUUGGGAUGAAGGGUCUCGCUCUACAAAGUAGAUGAAACUUUGAUGUGAUUAUUUUCCAUAUCCUCUCUCCGACACAAGCGCACUUAAUGCAGUUAUUAAAUUUCUUUUUAAUAUUUUGAACCCGGGGUCAUGAGAAUAUUUGAGAAACGGAGAAAAAGCUUUAAUUAUUCACCUUCUGUUGCAGCGUUUGUGUGUGUGUGUGUGUGUGUGUGUGUGUAUAGGUGAUCAGCGCUGCAGGGCCGGUGACCUUAGAGUGAAGUAGUGUCUACGCUCAAGUGUUUAAUGAGAUUGGAAGAAAUUCAGAAUACAAAAACAUGCCGAAUAAAGCUCAGGAUUAAAGUCAGAGGAAUUAAUUUAAUUUGGCCUUUUUGCACUAGAUUAGAAACCUUUCUAUUAAAACCAUCCAGCAUUACUAAAAAAUUAAAUUAAAGCAGUGACUGGAGGUGAUGCCAUUAAGUCUUAUAUUUUAUAGCGUUACACAUGACUGUGUUUUCUCAAUGAAGGUUUUUUUUCUCCCUCUCCGUAGGAAAUGUCCUGGAGGGCUGCUAUGGUAUAUAAAUAUAUAUAUAUAUAUUUAUGGUUCUGACACAAUUCAACAGUCUCUGUGCUUUAAGGCUUUUAGAUAACAAGUUUGUCAAUGAUCCAUGGAAGCAGGAAUUAGACCAGACCAUUUCAAUUUGCAGAGACCAUUUCCUCCUUUUACAGCAGUGGACCAACUUCACUGCUCCACAUUUAUCUUAUUUUAAACAUACGUACGUGACAUAGAUUCACAUAGACUCUACAGAGCUUUUUUUUUUUUUUAAAUAAUUAGUCUGAUAAUUUGACUGCGUAUCAUAUUUUUAAUUGCAUGUUUAACGUUCCAAUAUUUUACAUUUAAAACCGUUAUAAAGUCCAUGUGAACCAUUUUAAGGCAUUUCUCGUUCGUUUCUUGGUUUUGGAGUCAGAAAAUACCAACAUGAGGAUUUCCCAUCAGACCAAUGUGUUUCGCCAAGUUUAUCGCAGCCUGGCUCCGCCCCUUUAACUCUUUCACCACCGGCCGUUUUGACCAAAUUGAGUGAAUUUACAGUCUGUCCAAUUAUUUUUGUCUGAUGUUUUUUAAGAAAGCUGUUAAAGAGAAGAACACGGCUUCAGUUUUAAUAAGAAGAAACCCAUUUUUAUUUUAAGUCGUUCCAUUUGUUUUUUGUUUCGUUUGUUUUUGUCAGUAUUUAAAAAACAUUUCAGGCAAAAAGAGAAAUCAGUUUUUUUUUCAUUUCUCAGCAGAAAAUUUAAAGGAAACUUAUAUUCUUGUCCUUCUCUGAUAUGAUAACACUGACUGCAUGAUUUUAAUACCUGUUUCUGUGAAUUCAUAGUCCGUCUCAGACUGUUUGGAGCGUCUUAAACUGCAGGUUCAGGUUCACAGCAGGAGGUCUGUGUGUGUCUCAGACGUUCAUACAUCUGUACCGUCAUGAGAAUGAACAGUAUAAGUCCGCUGCUCUCACACUCUGUUCAUUAUCACGUCCUCUGUUCACUUUUCCUCCAGUUUCUGUCUCUUUCAGGUCUUCAUUUCUUUCUUUUCCUCUAGUUUAGGGAAUUUAAAGCGUAACAUAACCCAAAUUUAAGCUUUGAUAGCGUCCUUCAGACGGAGGACGAUGACGGCUCAGUUAAAGUUUUUACAGUAAUGAAUAAGCUCUCUGCUUCCUUUUAUAUAAAUAAUAAUAUAACUAUAAUAGGCUAAGGUGUAGUUCCCAUGACAACGCACGGUCUGAGUCUGAUUUGUGGCUGAUUCAGCAGUAUUUCACCCUCUCUCCUGUCACCGGUGAAGCCUCUUCACUCAUUAAUGCAGUCAUGAUUCUGAUAAUGCUCCACAAGGUUUGUCACAGCACCACCCGUCAUAUUAAAGUGCAAACAGGGAUUGACGACUCUAUCAUUAGUCGUCUAUCAAUAGUAGAAUAAGUCCACAGCAGACUCAGGAGAAGGAUGUUCUUGUUUGUGGUUUUCUGGGGCGGAUAAGGUCACGUUUUGUAAACUUCUGCUGUUUCCCUUUUUCGUAGUUUUGUAUCAUUACCCGUUUUUGAUCAUCCUGGGCUGAAACAUGAGUUUGCAGAAAUAUAUAAAUAAGAAGCGCUCUCAGCCGUGGAAUUCCUUGACAGCUUCUGGGUCGACAGCCCGGCCGGACCGUAGAGACUAAUUAAGGGCAGAAGUCACUAACUUUCUCCAAACUUGACAGUUGGUCUAAAACUCUUUUAAAGCCCCAAAAACUUUGAUUUCACAGCUUCACAGACUGUGGGCGCUUCCUCUCUCUUUGUUUCUGUGACACACACACACACAUGUCCGCGUCUCCGCGUACACGUCCAUUUGUCUGCAUGUUACAGUACAUUUAAGCGGCGUCUCCUUCCUGCUGUCACUUGAGAAUUAACAACCCAUUUUCUGGGCACUUUGAAUAGCUGUCAGAGAGUGACAGUUUUGUCACAAUGCUGAAGUCUUGAAACAGUAUUUAUCAGCACUGACUGACACUCAAGAGAAGCCCAGUCACCCAGGAGACAGACAGACUCUCUCAGACUCUUAAGUUUCUACUUCCCAGCCUUCUUCUUCUCAACGCUGAUGGAUAAAAAUGUAAUAGGGUAGGAUGGAUGAAGAGGAGCAUGAUGGGUGGAAAUAAUUAUUAGUCAUAGCAGGGUUAGAGGCCCGAGCGCUGAAAACGUACCACUGUUUCUAUUAGCUACCUCUGCAGGAAGAUGAGCUACUGUAUAUAUGAGUGUGUGUGUGUGUGUGUGUGUGUGUGUGUGUGUGUGUGUGUGUGUGAUCACAGUAGAAAGUGAAUCAGUUCUUUAGAAAUGUCAUCAAAUUUUCUUCUAAGUUGUUUCUCUCAUCUGAAGUGCUUUUGACCUUGGAGUAGGGCUGCACGAUAAACCGAAUUUAAAUGAGAAUCGAAUUAUUUAAUUAUGAAACUGGUAAAAAAAAUCAAAAUUGUCAAAUCGAUUUUCCUCUCUAUCAUGUCUCGCCGUAACUCCUCCUUCCUGUGGGAGUGCUCCCCAGUUCCCACACACACCAGUGUAAACAAAUAUGGCGUUUGCUAAAGAAGGCGAUAAUUUCGUGGUUAAAUAGGACAAGAGUGAGUCAGUCGUGUUGAAUUGGUACGACUUCACAGUUUCAGAUGAAGAGUAAACCACUCCCUGCUGCAAAGUCUGUCUGAAGGCGGUAUCAACCCGUCACCAUGGAAACGCUCAAGUUUCUUGUCGUAUCGGCGUUUCAGGUGACUGUAAACGGUACUUUUUGAAAACGGGUCAGAGAGUGAAUAAAUCUGUAAACGACGACCAUUUCAUCUCCUUGUGGAUGUCUAUCUGCAUCUCUGGAAACGAUCAUGUGACACACAGAGUAACUCUGGCGUGUCCAGCCAAAACAACUUUUAAGGUCCUUACACACCGGGACUGACGCAGAGAUACGACGCGAAAUUAUGAAAUAUUCAGGGGCGAAUUUUGACGCGCCUGACUAUACACAUCGAGCACGAUGUGAUUUUGCGACUUUCUGGGGGUGGGAAAGACGCGUCCCGGGUGGAAGUGAGAAGACUGCAUAUGGACUACAUCGUUUUCAGUGAAGUGAAGUUUGGUGAAGUUGUCACUAAAAUCAAAAAUUUAGUUUUCAGGGAAAGAAAUCUGGAUUUUAUUUUCAGCCAAAAUCAUGCAGCCCUACCUUGUUGAGAAGUUUCCCAAUCUCUUAGAUUUUUCCUCCUCCUCCUCAUGCUCUUGUUGUCUGUUUUUCUUUUUCAUGUUUACCACAUUUUUUUCAUUCUUUUUUCUUCUUUUUGACUUUGACAAUAAUGAGAAACAGCAAAGACAGGCGUGUGUGAGGUGAAUCCCAGGAACAGGAUUGAAGGUUAUUGUUCAUGAUAAAGUGAGGAAAACAACAUCCCUUUAAUCAGAGCGAUGUGGGGAUGCUCUUCUAGAAAAGACGUCUGCAUUCAGGUGAAAAACGUGGAAAUGUUUUUAAUAACUUUCGUCUUUAAAGUUCCUCAACUUUGUCUCUUAUUUCGCUCGACUUUGAGCUCUUCCAUAACAUUGUGCAUAAUUCCCCUUUUUUUUGUCACUCAGGCGUCUCGUUCCUCUGCCUCCUCAAAUGAAACUAUUUAUCUCAAAUUGAUUUUUUGACAAAUUGAAGUGAACCUCCACCCGUCUCCUCCUCUCUGUGACACUCUGUGCUGCCAGCGAGGAGUCACAGCUGACUGCGUUAGUCACCAUACACUCAGUGCACCAGAGUGUUUGGUCGACACUAAGUGAGCAGAUGGAGAGCCUGAGGGAGUGUAUUUUUGAGACGGAGCCGUCCGUCUCUGCUCUGUUAGCUGACUGAGAUGAGAAUGUACUUGUGUCUUGAACUCGGGUGUCUCGGUUGUACAUACAAAAAAAAAUGAGAAUAAAACCCGUCUGUGUGCGUUUCAGAUUUACGUAAGCAGAUGGCGAGCUCGGAGCUGAGGAACCAGAGGCUGAAGGAGGUGUUCCGGAAGAAGAUUCAGGAGUUUCGCACAGUCUGCUACCUCCUGACCGGCUAUCAGAUAGAUAUCACCACCGAGAACCAGUACAGACUCACCUCAGUCUACGCAGAACACAUGGACGACUCCCUGCUCUUCAAAAAGGUACACUCAGCACAUUUAGAGCUGGAACCGUUAUAACCCGACUAUGAGGAGGUUUAAGAUAGGGGUGGUCGAGACAGAAAAAAUUCACAUCACCAUUUUUUUUUUUUUUAAUAAAAUCACGAUCAUGAUUUUAUCAUCAUUUUUCUGAAGGGAGGGGGCUGAAAAAUAGAAAUAAUAAAUGAAAUAAAAUAUCAACAUUUUAACAACCAACAGCGUAAUAUUUAUCUUAACUGGAUGGUCUCAUUCUCUAAUAAAUUGAAACCAAAAUAAAACUUCACACACAAAAGUCAAUAUUUACAAAAAUCAAAGGUAGUCUGAUGAAUAAUAAAACUCACUUCAAACUAAUUUACAAAACAAAGCAGAUAUAGAGAAGAACAUUUUAUGAUUUUUUCUUUUUUCUCAUAAAUCUCCUCUCUCUCCACUCCUCUCUCAUUUCUCUCACUCCUUUCUUUUUUCCUCUCCUGUACACUGGUAUAUCAAACAUUACUUGUUUUUGUUGAUUAUUAAUUAUCCCAUGAGUCAAUCAGACGAACUUGGUAGAGCUCUGCUGCCGAGUCUCUGCAGAAAAAAAAGAAAGACUAAACAGCGAUUGUUUGUUUUUAUGGUCCUGAUGGAGCUGAUACAGAGAGAAUACGACCUCUCAGUUUAUUGUUUCAUCAGUUUAUCAUUUUUGCAGUUUAUCGUUUUAUUAGUUUAUCAUCUCGUCAGUUAAUCAUUUCACCAGUUUAUCAUUUCAUCAGUUUAUCAUUUCAUUAACACGGCUGAGAUGUGCUGCUCAGUCGGCCCAAAAUGAAGCGGCUCUGAGGGUGUUAGCAGCUAACAUGAAGUCCCUGGGUCAGGUUCAGUUAUCAAGAUCAGGGUUUACCGUACCGAUCAGGACCACUUGGUGGAAAUACACCAAGAUAGUUUUUGCAUCAUUUUGAUUUACUACAAAUAAAACUGUUAUCUGAUCAUCCUGCAAAUAUCCGUGUGAUAAAGAUAGAAGUUUGAUUUGAUGCUCAUGCUGAAGACAUCGAUCUCUUAAAUACUCGGAUGAUCUCAGAAUAAUUACAAAAUAACAGGUUCAGCAUUGAUUUAAAAUGUUCUCACAUAUACAUGAAGUUCUUUAAAGACAAAGUUUUUAACACCACAAAGUUGAACAUCAGAAAAGUUUCCAACAGUUUUCCACCUCAAGGAUGGAGCUGCUCUGUGAAACUUAAUUAAACUAUUACCAUAAGGAAAAUAACUCUUUCUCUCGAACUCUCACAAACACAAAAGGACUUCCUGAGAUCAGAUAUGUUUGCAGGUGAACCACCAGCUCCGUUUAUUCGGAGUUAUUAAACUCGCAGGUUUGAAGUUAAAAGGGAAACGUCGUCAGCAGCCGAACUCCUACAGGCUGCAGCGUCUGCGUCACUGUCGCUGAUAUCUGCCUCUGUGAGAUUUUCACUCACUGCUUCAGGAAGUGACUGUUUGACCUUGCCACCACCAUCCCCACUCCUCCCACCCACCCACUCCCUAUUUUUUUUUCCUUUACUGUUUCCCCCCCACAUCCACGUUUAUGCACCAUUACGCCACAUUAUAGCUUUGUGCCUGACGCGGCCAUGCAGGGAGAGGAGCACUCUGCCGAUACACACUCUCCCCCUCCGCUGUGUGUAAUGAAUGUGUGUGAGGAAGAGAGUGAUGACUGGGCAAUGUCACAGGGUAGGGCUGUAUGAAUCGAUCACUCCUCCCCGUCCGCUCAUUCAGCUGGCUAAAUAAAAACUCUAUGUGCGCCCGUCUCUUCACAGUUUAGCAAAUCUGAUUCUUAAGGAGCUGAAGCUGAAAACAUCCUCUCCUCUCUCUCUCCACUUUCUUCCCUCUCUCUGCACAUUUUCUCGUUUUAUCUCUCUCGUUGUUUAUCUCCCCCACCUCCCUCUCGGUGUAACUCUCUGAUCUGAGUGUGUAGCGGCAGCUAAUCACCGUGUUGUUGCUGUGUUUUGUUACGAUACGGAGAGGCCUCCAGCUAGAACAGAGAGCGUGGAGAAUCUAUACUGGCGAGGAGGAAGACGGCUUUAUUAUCCCGGCAGGGUAAUUAUGGCGGUCAAGUGCAAGGCGACUGUUGCUGGUCACUCCUGCCUCGUUUAAAAACACGAGAAACAGAGGUUUGUGUGUGUGUGUGUGUGUGUGUGUGUGUGUGUGUGUGUGUGUGUGAUAUUUUUAUGCUGGUGUGUCCAAUCUGCCCCAUCGAACCCACCUGCGACCCUGCCAGAAGAGAUAAUUCACCAUCGAUAUUUAUAAACCUCAGACUGCGUCCACACUCCCGCACUCACAUGCAGACACACAAACACACACACACACACACGGUCGUUAUUCCCUCGUAGUGCGCACUGUCACACUCAAAUGCACACAUACUCGCUGCAAUCUGCACACUCCCCCGUCACACCGCACUUCAACCUCCCUCUGCCUGCUGCACAUGCAUACAGAUGUACAAAACCACACACACACACAAAUGCACACACACACACACACAAAUGCACACAAAACAGACGCUAACACCUCCCGCAUUAGCAUUCAGGAUGUUUGCCUCAGUCGGAGUGUGUGUGUGCGACUCACACGCCUGGUGGCCUAUGGGAGCACAGAGGCCUGUACUACUAAUGGAAUACAACACUCAGCUGCACACUCUACACACACACACACACACACACUGUAUUUAAAGAAGGAGACUGGUGCUUAGAAAACACACACACACACACACACACAUUAGUACAAUAUGCCUUAGAAAGUGUGUGUGAGGUAAUCUGCGAUAGGAGAAUAAAAAGUGGACUAAUUGCAGGAUAAGAGGAAGAAAUGGAGGAUUUUGGACAGGAAGCAUAGAAGUCAUUACAAAUGGGAUUCUAAUGUUAUUCACCUCAGCAACAGGGUUGCCAGAUAAUCCUGCUAAUAUCCCCCUCUAGCAGAGGCACUUAAAUCCCUCCCUCCUAUAGUGUAAGCUGUUUAACCUGCAACUGUCGCUCCCGCUCCCUUUCCUCCGUGAAUUCGUUAUGACGCGGCUCUCUUAUUCUCUCACUCUUUCUUCGUCGCUCCUCGGCCCUUUGACAUCCCCGUGAUUCGUUAAUUGAAACGUUUCAAGUCAGACGAGAUGCUUUCUGUCUCUCUUAAUGGUUUAGUCUUGCGUGAAUCUCAACAGGGAUGCGAGAGGAGACGCACAAAGACGGCGAUAAUUACGACCGCUGGAAACGUUUUGUUUAUUCGGUCCUUGUCACAAACUUGGCUCAGAUGUUAUAAUUUAAACGACUUCCUCUGCGAUUCAUCUGAAAAGUGUCAAAGUCUAAUUAAGGAUUCGGGCGGAGAAAAAUGAUACUGAAACGAUACUUAGAGAGGAACGUGUUGAUUAGCGCUCCAGCCUGCGUCUCCACGGUUAUUGUUGGGAUUAGCUGUAACUUUGGUGCGGACUUUCAUGGUCCCUGGAGGAGGCGCUCUGAUGAUGAUCCCUUCACCACUUAUGGAUUGGCCAGAUUCCACGUCUUAAGGCAGUAUCCAUCUCACAAAGCUUCAUACUGGUGCGUUUGUACCCGGAGAGAGAGCGAACCCACCAAUUAGCGUCAUUUGAGCAGAGAGGGACAGUCGCCGUGGGCGCGCUGAGUUGUGGCGAGCCUGUAAACAAUGGCCGCCCUGUGAAGAGAGGAGUGUGACUGCAGCUGUGGUAACUUUUAUAUGAGAACUGAGGUUUGAUGGAGUUCGUGUCUCAUACAAAUGAUUCAUGAAAUAACAGGAUUCAUUGUUACCUGGUCGUGUUUGUGAUGAAAUACGCUCAAACUCGCCUGCUAAGACGUUUAAAGAAAAUGUUUUAAUGUGUGAAAAAUGUUUCUGUUUCCUCUUUCUGUUGAUUUUUUCUUUCUUAGUUUUGAGAGAAAACUUUCACAAAAGAAGCAGCUGAUAAAGAUGUGAAUUUAUUUAUCUGUUUUUGCAGUAAAUUCAGUCGAUUUAAGUAGAAGUGAACAAGAGACAGUAAUUUAAAAACAAAAUGGCUCGUCUGAAGAGGAGAAAAACACUCAGAAAACAGUCAAACUAAGAACAAUAGGGCUGGGCGAUAUGGCCUCAAAUCAAUAUCACAAUAUAUUGAUCGGUUCACCUCGACAACGAUAAAUGGACGAUAACUGCUCCACAACUUUUGAACCGUCCUCCAUCUCCUCACCAUCUCUGAUGUAGGACAGCGUCUUAAAGGGACAUGAGACCGUAGCCUACCUACAAACAUCCAAAAACAACUUUGAUUUAUUUAUUUGACACUGAACAUACUGAUAUGGACAAAAUGACGUUGGUUUUUGUCAUAAAUUUCUGUAUCUGUAACUUUUCAGUUUAUCGCCCAGCCCUAGAGCAGAACUUAUGCGACACAGCUGAACGUGAGCUCACAGAAUCUGGGCAGGACUAACGUUGGCAAAGUUAGCAUCAUUAGCCUCCAUAUGUAGCUCAUGAACAACUUACAGACCCACUCUGAUGAAAAUCAUGUUUUUCUUGUUGUCUACAUGUUCAUAUGUUCAUUUCUCUGAUGCUACAGGACAGAUCAGGAGAAAAAUAAGUGUGAAACUGCGUUUCUGAGUAUUUCUGCGUUCAAAUCUCUAUGAAUCUAAUCUAAGCUCCGCCCACAGAGCCCUGCUAUUUUGGCCACACUGGGUAAAGUAGAGAGGACGAUCGCGGAACAAGCGUGUGCGUUAGCAGAUUGCAAUCCUUGUAAGACAACUAAUUAUGAUAUUAACUGUCAUCAUGUCCCCAAAGACAUUAGUGUCUGAGUGCUGAAUAGCUCCUGUUACCUGCUACUUCUACAACAUCAGCAACGUUAGGCUACAAGCUAGCAUGAAGAGGAGUGUGAAGAGCAGCGCUGACUCCGCCCACGACUCAGGGGUGAAUUACCAAUGAGCUGCUGGCGCUCUGCAGAAGAAAAGUCCUUGAAAAUGACACAGGUAACGUGAUUUUGGCAGAGAACACUUUGAGUAGUAAGUAGUUUUGUCGUCUGUGCUUGUUUACAUCUGGCUGGUCGAGCAUUUUGUUCCAGCAAUGGCAUCACGAGUCUUCAUAAAUAAAAAUAUGAAUAAUUAAACGACACGAUUGCUCGACUACUUUCCCUUGAGUCGACCUAUCAACGUAGCGUGAUAGUGACGCGUUCACGGGGAGUCUGAGAAAGUAAAAUCAGCAGGAACAGAAGGAUUUUUUUGGUAAAGCUGGUUUAGAAGUGGGAGCAUCAACAUUAGAUCGAUUUUCAGCAGUUUGUCUCAGCGUUCGAACCCUGAACCGUACACACAGAGGUUAUCGUCCCUGUAGCAGCUGUUUCUGAUCUGACGCUCGGCCUCGGCCCUUCGCUGCAUGUCUCCUCUCUCACUCUCUUCUUCUCAUAGUUUUGGUCUCUCUGUAAAAUACUCCAAAUAUCUAACUUGGUCACUGAUCACCCGGUUUCCUUUGACCCUGAUUGGCUGAUUCUUUAGGUUUUAAUAUUCGCAUUUUCACACAAACCAUUCUGGUACUGAGUGAGGGUUUAAAUCCACCGUAUCUCUCCUGUAUCAGGUCUUAAACAUCGUCAGCGUUCGCUCCGACUUCUUCUGAGUAUACAAACGUCGGUCGACUUCAAAGCCUCAUGAGUCUCAUUACCAUGACUUCUCUUACGUUUGAUCAACUUCAAGGUAAAGUCGAAAGUUGUGAGUGUCAAAGUCGACUCUCAGAGCUUUUAUUUUGUUGUGCAGAAGCUCCUCCGUCUGCUGUUUGUCACUUAAUAAUGGAUUAAUGCAGUGUUAUGUUAAAACGGCUGUGAUGCCAGGAGUAUUUUGAUAGGGAAAUUGUGCGGAAAAUGUUGUUGUGUGUGCAUUAGCCCGAGUUGAGCAUGUGUGAAAUUAGUAUUUUUAACUUACCCCUAGGUGAGAGGGCUGAUUAGCAUCAGUGAUUAGGUAUUUAUGAAGCCCCGCUAAUCAGGGAGAUAAACACCUUAGCUGUGUGAGUGAGCGACUGACUCAUUUCAACACUUUUCCUCCUGAAGUUUCUCACACAGAGAGGCACCGCUCGCAUCUUACAACCCUCAAAUUUUCAAUUUAAAGCUUCAGAUAAACACAAAGUCCAAAAAGUCAGGAAAAAGGACUCCGCGGUAAAUUAUUUCUGCAGAAAAACCAUGAUUAGGUUGCAGCCGUCCCGAGAAAUAACCGCAUUUUUUGUGUGUUUUGUUUUUCUCUGUUUAAUUUCCUCUAAGCUGUAAGAAAAUAGUUUAUUUUCCUCACAAGAUAAUGCCGGCCUGAGCAGCUCAAAUGAAGCUGUGCAGCUGUCAGAUAAAGACCUGAAAUUGGCCCGUGAUGUGUGUGUUGUUCGGAUUUUCACCUGAGAAACUUUAGUGGAGGAACUUUCGCUGAGCCGGAGCAGUCUUAAAAAAAAACAAGAGAGGCUCAUUGUAGACAAACAAGCCGUACAAGUUGUGCGUCUCUGUAAGUAAUCUCCCAAAGCAGACCCACUGCUGGGCCUACACACCUCUGCUAUUGAUUAGCUCAUUAACAAAUAAACAAACACAUGCGCACAGAGCCCAGCUCUCUGCACAACUUGGAGAUGUUCCCUGUCGACUCUCCUCUCUCUUCCUCCUCCUUCUUCUCUUCCUUCCCUCUCUUCCUGCUCACUCUCCCUCAUUCGUCACUUUCUUGACACCCUCUCCCUCGUCGUUCCUCCCUAAUGAAAGGAGAAGAUAAAAUCUCAGGGCCAGCUCAUUAAAAAGGUUCUCCCAAUUAACUGUCAACCCUCUCACAAGAGACAGAGAGAGAGAGAGGAGGAACGUAUGGAUGGAUGGAGGGCUGGUGGUGUACGUAAAGGUGGAGCAGAAGGUUUCCAGGAGUGAAUCCCUGUAAAUAAAGUCACAUUAUUUGUGUGUGUAGCUGCGUGUGAGAGGAGCAGGAGAAGAACCAGGACAGUUAAUAAAGUACAGUUUAUGAACACUGUCGGCCUUUAAUGACCUGUCUCUGUUUUAUCAGCCACUUGGGGAUGAUUAACUCUGCACAAAUGUGUGUUUGCCUGAGAGAGCGUGUGUGUGUGUGUGUGUGUGUGUGUGGAAGACAGAGUGAAUGGCGUUGGUCAUUUAUGGCUUAAUUUUGAAAUAACUUUGAGGCUGACAGGACUGCAGCACCAGGAAGACUUCAUCGUGGUCCAUCUGGGUCAGUGUCCAGAACCUCUCUCUCGCCACGCCGUCAGCCUCCCUUUCUUUGUUUUCUUAUUUUCCAGCCAAUCAAAUUUGAUGCGGCUGGAGCGCCGGGGUGUUAUUUGUAGCAGACGUGGUGGCGGCCACUUAAAAUGAUAAGGGCCAAUGAAGAUGUUGUAUUUUCUUUUUUUGAAGCGUUUUCUUAUUGAUUAGAGAGUAAAGUGGAGUGUGGAGCCGGUGUUUUAAAGGGAGCGGCAGUUACUGAACCUUCACUUUCACUUUUAACAACAACAGCACCAUUACCAGCAGCCAGUGCCGUGUAAAAAUACCAAUAAAGCUGAUUUAAAAAGGGGAGGAUGGUUAAGAGGACUUGAUUUUCCAGGAGGGUAGUCGAACUCACAGGAUUAAGACCUGGAGGGGGAGCCUGACGUGGGUGUUGAAGAGACUCAGCACGCCAGGAAAGACCUGAACGGAACAAUAAGGAAACUAACGGAACAGAUCUUAGGUUAAAAAGUUAACUCAUGUCAUGACAGGGUUUCCCCCUCGCUGUUUGGCUUUGGACACGACUUAUGACAUCGACAAACGUCACCCAGUAUGAUGAAGAGAACAACAAGCGGUCAUGAUGUCACGCUAUAUGAUUGGUUGAAAAUUGGUGCGAAUGACGUGAAAGAUUGUGGUUGGUCCAGACAUUAUAGAAGCGGUUCUUGCCAGAUUAGGUUUCAUGGGAUUGUAGUUCUUUGGAGAAAACAUGGACAAAUUUUAUGAAGCGACCUAUCUCUACUGAUCAGAGGGGACUAACGACAGCCAGACUACCACCUCUCUUAGGUCGUCAAGGAAAUGUGGAGUAAAAGCAAAACUAUCUAUUGAUAAACGGAGACCCUGUGUACGUGGUUAAAAGUGGUUAAAAAGACGUCUUUACCAUACGUCUAAACAAUGUCUAGAUUCAGACGUCUUCUUUUUGGGCUAAAUUUCGGCCAUGACGGGCCGACAUGGUUUAGCCUGAAAAAAGACGUCUAAAUGACGUUGGGUGUUUGGUGGGAACGGUUUGAGAGGUGUCUAGGAGGCCAUCUUUGUCCAACCGGAGGAACCGUCCUUGAACAGAGACGGUGGACUACGGCACUUUUAAUCCUCCACCUACAGAUCAGCUCCAGAGUCCUUUGGACAACGAUCAAAACAAAGUCUCCAACAUCAUGUGAGCAUGGCAAACCUGAAGAGACCCAGAAGGGCCCCCCUCCAGGUAAAACCAGGUCAACGACCAUGCCAAUGACUUUAACGGCUCAAUUCUACAAGAUACGGAACGGCUGCACUCCACUCUGGAGUGGCGGAUCAAAUACACAAGCAUUAUAAUCAGUGCGUGUGAUUUGCUCCGCUGCUGAUUGGCUCCGGCCGUUGGAUCAGAUACUCAAGGCUUCUAUUUUUGCCGGACGCCGCAGCACAACGUAUCAAUUUAGCGCAGCACGAGCAGCAGCGGAAGUUGUACGCGGCUACAGAGUAAAAUAAAGUAAAAUCGGUUAAUUUUCAAAAUAAAAUAAAGUCAAUACGUUGAACUGUUCUUCACGUCAUAAUGGGAGGGGCCAGGGUUGUGGGAUGUGGUUGUUUAUGUACACCGCCGAUAACAUUCAGUGUCUCACGUCGAAACACUCGAUCUUGUGAGAUCUGGUCCAGUCUCGUGAGAUAUAUCGGUAUCUCGCAAGCGCUUCUCCUCCGCUUGCUGCAGCAGAUCGGACCCGGUGGACGCUGUAUGCUUGCGUUUUUGAUUCGUCUGCCGUUCUGGAGCGUAGUGAAGCGGUGGAAUCUCACCGUAACCCUAACCCAGUCCAUUUACACGAAGGCUAUAAAAGGAAGUCUUAAACAGGAAGUACUGGACAGCUGAUUGGUGAGACCAAACCGACCCCAAACACGCUGAGGAGAGAUGGUGAGGUCUGCAGACACGCAUGUUUGCGCGCUUAAUUACAGCGCAGCCUUUUGUGAAGUUGUGUUAUUGCACAUCUACAUGUUGUCACUGCAGUUGUUGUGGGUUAAUUGUGCGACACUAAUGACACACCUGUUUGAGAUGCACCGAUGGUGAGGCUCCUUAAAGGGAUCAUCACCGUUCUAUUAAAUAUCAGACAAUAGAAAUUAAUCAAAUUAUCCGAGGCUCAGAAAUGAAACUGAACUCAACAUCUGGACUUCAGGACUGUUGACCUGACGUCCGUCCGUUCAGAUCUCUCCACGCUCCCUUAUGGUCGGCUCUAAGAACCCUCUGACUCACCCUCAUGUACUCUGAGCUGACUGUACUCCUCCCUCUGACAGAGCUCUAACUCUGCCGUAGUAUUUCUAAUUUUAGCCCAAUUUGAUCAAACAAGGUCGGAGCAGACUUCACAUCAACAAAGCUAUAAAAGAAAUCCUGUCAUGAUUUCACUGAAGAGAGGAGUGUGUGUGUGUGUGUGUGUGUGUGUGUGUGUGUGUGUGUGUGUGUGUGUGUGUGUGUGUGUGUGUGUGUGUGUGUGUGUGUGUGUGUGUGUGUGUGUGUGUGUGUGUGUGUGUUUUAGUAGAGUCAAAUGGGUUUUGUGUUAUUACUGUAAUAACAGUGAGAUCUGUUGUCUCUUGUAGUCCUAUCGCACACGGACUCUGCCGGUCUGAAAUAUCUCACGUGCACGAGCUCGGGGUUCACGGGUCUGAUGGAGAGCGUAAAGCAAUAAAAUGAAAAUGAAAGAAGGAAAGAAAGAUGGACGAGUGGGUGUUUGGGAGAAGACAGAAGGCAUGCUGGGACUGAGUUUCACUUUGCUCACUGACUGAAACAAAACACUCGCUGAUGUAUCGCUGAUAGCGAUGAGGCUAAAGCGGGAAAGAGCGCUAAUAAACAGUAAACAUGAAGACGGAUGGGAAUAGGAGCGUGAAUACAUUAAGGUUUUAUUUUUCUGUGGAUGUGACUUUGUGUGUUUAAACCUUCAGAGAGAAAUCUUGGAGCAGAAAGACGAGGAUGUUGACUCUGAUUUCUCCUGACAGUUUGCUGUCCUGCUCCCCCUCAGGGUGUGUGUGUGUCUGCGCGCGCACAUGCACAUGUGUGUGUGUGUGUUUCUUGGCGUCGCUUGCUCCUUUGGUCGAUGUGCUGAACAUAUGUCUGCUGUCUCCAUGGUAACGUGAUACAUCAGGAGCGCGCACAGGUCCACCUGAGGUCAUGAAUAUUGGCGAGCCCGAGCGGCUCUGUCACACACUCUCAGCUCUUCACACGUGGACGUCGGCUCCGUGACUUAAUCACUUGACCCGGUCGGCCGCAGGAUUCAGGAGGAAUCUAUCUGAAGACAGAGACGAGAGGACUUCAGUGUGUCCGACCGCUUUACACUAGUGAAGUGGAAGUGGAUGAAUUUGACUGAAGGGAGCUCUGUAGCUCGAACACGUCAAGGUGUGUUUUCAGGUUUUUAGGAGAAUCUGUGUGUUUAUGAAGAAGCUGGUAAAAGCCUGAAGGACUCCAGAGGGAGUCGUGUGAAGGCAAGUUUAUUUGUGUAGCACCGUUCAUACCCGAGGAAAUUCAAAGUGCUUUACAGAUACAAGGAGAUACAUAAAAAAAGAGAUUAGAACAAUUACAAAUCAAUGAGACAAACAGAUACGUUUUUUCAUCCGUUCCAUGUUCGCCCUGAAAACCAUAAAAACCAUUGUUUCCCAGAAAAACAAAUUGGGUCACAAGCUUUCAGACCUGGAGCUCCACAGAUGGAAACUAGUUUUCUCCUCGUCUUUUUCAGACGGUAUUAGUUGUACUAGUUUUCUCUUUGUCUAUCUCAGACGGUACUAGUUGUACUAGUUUUUUUUUAUCUAUUUCAGACAGUAUUUGUUUUCUCUUCAUCUAUCUUUGACGGUAUGAGUUGUACUAGUUUUCUCUUCGUCCAUCUCGGAUGGUUUAAGUUUUCCCUUCGUCUAUCUUUGACAGUAUAAGUUGUACUUGUCUUCCCUUUGUCUAUCUUUGAUGGUAUUAGUUGCUCUAAUUUUUGCUCCUCAGCUUUUUACCUGUUUUCUCCAUUUCAUUAGUUAGGUCCCAUUUUGGUCUUUAUUCCCCUUAUAAACAUGGAACAGAGGAAGCAUUUGUCAGCUUAGAAUCCAUAAAAUAUAAAAAUGUAAUUUAAAAUCAUUAAAACUGUUCAAAUUGACGGAACAGCAAAGUAGAAGUUGAAGGUUUUGACGCUGUAGGAAAGCUGCAGUAAACAUGAAUGUUUUCGGCCCUGCAUUAAAUGAACUCUAAUAAAGAUGUGACCAAGACCGCCUGUUAAAAAUGGAGUCCUGGUGUGUAGAGCUUCAUGGACAUGAGAAAUUAAUUACUUACAUGAAUGCAUCAGUUUUAAUUUCCUUAAUCCAUGCAUCACUCCUGUAUGACAGUAUGAGGGCGGCUCGAUAAUGAGGAAAACCAAAAUCACGUUACUUUCAGUUGAUCGUGAUAUCAGGAUUAUUGAAAAACAAUUACUGUUGUUGUAAUCUGCAUCACACACAUUAUAUAGUCUUAAAACUUCUUUAAAACGUAAAAACUCCAGAUCACUGCAGAUUCUCCAUUUUCUGCUCAGUGUGUCCCUUGACUUUUCAGACACACACACAGAGAAACACACACCUGCUCUCCUCCUCCUCCUCCUCCUGCUCCUCUCUCUGCUCUCCUCUCUCCCCUCCUGGUUGCCUGAUUCUUACUGCCGAUAUUUGUUGAGGAGGCGUCCUUCAUAAACCAGCACUAAGUAAAGCAAUAUUACCAAUCUUUAGGUUACCAAUCAAGGCAGCGUUGAAUGUAGGGCUGUAGCGAUACAUCAGUUUCAUGAUACACAAUAUUUAGAUCACGGUACAAUAUAUCGUUACCUUGCCCGGGUGGUGACGUUUUAGGUUGUAUUUCCAGAAUUUCUCACGUUUGUGUGACACAGCUUUCAAAUCGCCAAACUUUUAUCUAAAUCGACGCUUUCCUUCUUCCUUUUAAAACCAAAGUGCUCCCACACGUCUGCUUUUAAGCAUGACGGUGCUGGAGUUACAUUCCCUGCCAUACUCUUGAACCUCCUCGUUCUGACUUCUUUUCUUUAAAGAUAGUAUCUAGACGGGAUACUUGUUAUAAAUGUGCUACAGAAGACCCGAAUCGCUCUUCCUGCAAAGUGAACGGAGCGGCUGAAUAAUCGGGGAAAAAAAGGAAUUUAUAUCCCAGAAUCGAUAGAAUUGCUCAGCCCUAGCUGAACGCAGCAGUUCAAGAGCGUCGCCUCAGAAAACAUCCAAGUUUAAAACUGAAGCUCUCUCAAACAUCAUGAGAUGUUUCUGCUAAGAUGUGGGGAGUUUAAAUGAUCCAAACUUUACAGCUAAGAAACAACAACGUGUCUUUUAUUCCACUUUCAUGACUCUAAUUUAUGAAACAGAAGGAUAUCUGUCAUGUCAGUCUCUGUCCAUCAGCUCAGGUCGUGUCUCUGACUUUGAAUAUCCUUCGCUCAGAUCAUUUUGUUUUCAUUUUUUUAAAGUUGUAAAUAUUCUCUGCACUGCUCUUCAGCUGUAAAGGUCAGCUAUCUUAUGAGCUUCCUCUGAGUAUUUGUGUUUGCUACCAAGACGUGUAAUUAGCCGCCUAAUCUCCUCGCCCAGAGGAGAUAACUUUGACAUACAGGCGAGGUUUACAGAGAACUUUUCGAGUUUAGUUUAAUUUGGAGGAAUAAACUUUUUCAGGUCCUUUAUUUCAUAUUCUGAUGCAGUUUUUAGAUAGAAGUUUACAUGCUGUGCACAUGAUGUUCUAAACAAGAGAGCUAACUGUAACAUCCAUGAGUAGACUGUCAGUGUUUUGACUCUCAUGAUUUUUUAAUUAAUCACAACCAGACUAAUAUGUUUGGACUUUAGAGGUAUUGUAGUCCAAAAUCUAAAACAGCUGCUGCUAUCAACACUGGCUUUGACCACAGGGGGCGCCAAAAUUGACAACAAACAAACAGGAGUUCCUUAAGGGAGCUUUAUAUGACUUUAUGUUUUCUGCUGCAGAUCCAGAGCUGGGCGAUAAACCGAAAAUGUAUCGAUACCGAAAUUUAUGAGGCUCACAGCGAGUCUUGUCUCCUUUUGUACGGAAAAAGAGCAUUCAUUUAAAUUUCAGUCUAUUUCUUAAAUAUCUAAAAACCCCUCAAACGAGCUUUAACGGCCUUUUUACUGGACAUGAUCUAAUCGCGUUUACAGUUAUCUGUAAUAUGACUCCUUUGAUAAAAACUCAAGUCAUGUGACUGUGUUGUGCACGUGCUCACAUCGCAGUUACAAAGGCAAAAUAAUAUAUUGUUCAUACAUUAUACGUAUAUAGAGCUGGGCGAUAAACCUAAAAUUUACUGAUGCUAAAAUUUAUGACAAUAUCUGACAUCAUUUUGCCCAGAUCGGUAAAUUCUGAGUCAAAAAAAUAAAUAAAUCAAAGUUGUUUUUGGAUGUGUGUAGGUAGGCUAUGGUCUCAUGUCCCUUUAAGACACUGUCCUACGUCAGAGACGUGACUCCGCCCCAUCCAGUCUGUAACAAAGAGGGAAAGACAGGUGAGGAGAUGGAGGACGGAGAGAAAGUUGGAGCGGCUGAAGUAGACGAAGUUAAUGUGGGAGGGGGUGAGCAGCUGGUGGAGUAGUUAUCGUCCAUUUAUCCUUAUUUAAGUGAACUGAUCAAUACAUGUCAUGAUAUUGAUUUGAGAUCAUGUCGCCCAGCCCUAUGCAGAGCUUCUCCAAUCCCUGAUAAGUUUUAAUCUUAUCCUAAAUGCAUUCUGGGUAAGAUGUUUUGCUCUGUGUGUAACUGAAAUAAGUUCACAGAGUAAAGUGUAAAUCCAGCGAAAUAACGUGAUCUCCUCUCUGAUGGCAGCAGCUUUGUUUAAGGUCAGCUCAGUGUCUCUCUCUCAGCUCAACUGUCUGAUUAAUGAGCUGUCAAUCAAGCAUCAAAGUGACACCCAGAGCAGAGCAUUAUUGGAUAUUUGGAGGUUUUUUUCCCUCCUUCUUUUCCCCUCGACAGAUUUUUCAAAACUAAUCCUCUGAGAUAACCGCUCAGAGUUGAAAUAGGAAUUGAUCCUGGACGCCGAUUCUUUACAAACAGUUUGAAAUUCCCUGAAAGUUUGACGCUUUAGAGAUCAGAGAAAUCCUGAACGAACAAAACAACAAAGACGUCUCUGAACCUCCAGACUCCUGUUUUAGUUUUCAGGUGUCUUUAACUGACAAACUGUAACUGAUUCCAUGUUUUAUGUAUUUAUGCGAAUCAUUAGCUGUUAGUCAUCACACGCCUCGCAGGAUGGUUCCCUGUCAGACGUAUGUUAUCAUUAGUCAGUCAUUACUCAGUGCUUUAAAAACAAACAGUCAAGCCAAAGCUGAUUAGAAUAUAAAUAUGGAUCAAACGCUUCCUGCUUGAAUUAUUUUUUUAUUCGGUGGGCUUUCUCUUACUCCUCUGACUGCAGAAAAAUGCCAAAAUCUGCAUUUAAAUUGAAAGCUAUUCAUCUGCAUAUUUCUGAUUAUUCAAUUAAUUCGCCGUCUGUUUUUCAGCCCCACCAAUCAGCGGCUAUGCAGCGGCGCGGCGAGGUUGAUUAUUGUGGAUGCCGCCGCUCUGUGUGGGACAGUCCAGUGAGGGUGUGUGCAUGAAUACUUUAUAAGUGUGUGUCGGGUGGAUGGAUGGAUGGAGGCAGACUCUGAAAAGAGGCUAAAAGAGUAAACAAGGAGUGAAUAUUCUCCGACCGAGGAGGGAUUUAUUCAGCAGAGGCAGAGAGGAGACAACGACGACAACGACGGAGGAGGAGAGAAGCCUCCUCAUUAGCAGUGGAGAGGGGAGACAGAGGUCAACUGGUCUGUGAACUUCAUGUCACCACCUCAAUAUGGAGCCAUCUAUCACUCUGUCUGAGGCCCGGGUUUUACAGAGGGGUGCAGAGUCACCUCAGUGUGGACAGGGAAGCUCUCAUAAAGCACUUAUAGAGGUGGGAGAGCAGAGACAUAAAGAGUGGAGCAGCGCUGAUUUAUCAUUAUCUCUACAGUCACAUUACAGGUCUGACAAUCAGACUUACACGGAAUUGAAAAGGCUCAUCAAAUGGAAAUGAGGAUAUGGAGAGAGGAGACGAAGGAGAACAGAAACAGUGGUUGCCUGGGGGAGGUCUCAGAGAGGCGUGACGAGAUUAUUAAAAACACGUCCAGAUCAUUUAACCUGCAACACUGAAUAUAUGAGGCGUAUUUUCCUCAUUCUCCCCUUUACAAACCGACAGAGAUCCUUUACAGCUCGAAAACUUUCCUGAACCUUCCUCCUGUGUUCGCUUUUACUACGCAGCCACCAUGUUAAGGGUCAUUUUUGAUCCGUGUCUUAAAUCAUCUUUGAAUUACACUAAAAUCAUUUCUCUAUCAUCCAGUUUGGUUCUCAUCUCUACGUUACCUUGUUAGGCUUCAUUAUCCAUGAAAAUAUUGAUUAUGAUAGUUAUUGUUGUGGUCCUCUGGGCCUUUCUUUGUCGGUAUACCCCUCACACAGACAUCUAUACUGAAUGGAUCUCAAUUUUAAUGAGAGCAUUUUAUAAUUUAGUCCAUUUUUUAAUUUUUAUUUUGUUGAAACAGAGGUUCCUGACAAAGUCAAAAAGUCUUGAUGUAAAAAAGCUAAUUUAUGUGUUUCUUUUAAGUAUUUAAAAUCAAAAACGGGUUAGUGUGGACCCUAACACAGGAGGAGGGUUAUCUAAUACGGCCUCCAGAAAACCCUUUACGACCACUGCAGCUCUCCAGUGAAAUAAAGGGAGAGCAACCUCCUGGAUUUGAGGCUCGCCGUUAGUUCCCUCGAAUAACGAUUAGCAGUCAGCUAAUGUGAGAUUAGCCCCAGGUUUCAGUAACAGUUGAGACGCAGCUCCAAAAACAGCUGCUGUUUCAAAAAACAUAAAAACUUCCCACUGAUUUCAGGUUCACCUUUGGGAAGAAAAAACAGCUGUGACUCUCAAAACCAAAAUAACAUUUAAGAGCAAACUUCAAAAGAUGAGCCGGAUCAGCAGAGGGCGGAGGAAAAAGACGAGCAGCUCCUGGGUGGGUGUGGCCUUUGGUAUCAUCCUGGUUGGACAGCACAGCUGACGUCAGGUCAGUAGACGAAGUUAAUGUGGGAGGGGCUGAGCAGCUUGUGGAGUAGUUAUCGUCCAUUUAUCGUUAUCGAGAUGAACUGAUCAAUAAAUCAUGAUAUUGAUUUGAGGCCAUAUCGCCCAGCCCUACAUAUACAGAUAUAAUUCAGCCUUAUUGUGCCUUUAUUUACAGCCAUUAUUGUGAUUCCAUCUUCUACCUUCACAUAUGCAGAACAUCUCGUGUUUAAUGUUAAUGCUUUUUAUUCUCAUAGGUUUCAUUUAUUGGUAUUAAGCGCAUUCAGCUGAACAUUACAACCCACAAACUACAAUUAUAACGCAGGUACAUAAACUCCAUGAAAUAUUCAGAGCCCUUUAAGAGCAGUGAAAGAAGAAAACACAAAGCAGGAAUAUUUUAUGGGCUGAAGAGUGUUUGUCGGAGGUUUUCCUGGUGUUUUAUUUAAAUUACAGGUUCAACACGUCGGCCUCUUGGCUGCAUUUAAACGAUAAGACUCACACGUUUGCUUCAAUCUGUGGGAGAAAACUCGGUAUUAUUCCCAACCAGCUGUGCAGUCAUUAGAAAAUUCAGCCUUCAAAUGUCAGCUGUCUGAUGUUUAUUUUGAAAAACAAAUUCCAAAAUACCAAAUCAUCUGAGGGGAUUAAUUAGUUUAUCAGUAAGUACGUCAAAAUAGAGUUUAUCAGCAGCUGAGCCCAUGAUUGAAAAGUGGCAAAAAUAUUCCAAAGUUGUUGUUUUUACGACUUUCUCUAAUUUGUGCUUUUCUUUGUCUUUUGGAAAUAUUGUGAAUUUUGUGUCGGGGAAAAUCAGAUAACUGUGGGAUCAUUUUCACAUUUGAAUUGUUUAAUUGAGAUGACGAAUUUAGAAUCAAAAUAAUGAUCAUAUCCCGUAUUCUGAGCCACCUCGUACUCCGUGAGCUGCAAAAAAAACAGGUGAAAUAAGAUAAAAAUACAGCGAUACAGUUUGAAGAAGCAAAGUUCAUGUGAAGGUCAAGAAAACAACAGCACGUUUGUUUCUUCUCAUCUGCGCGCUCGCCUCAGUCUCGGCUUUGAGCGUCUUGUCUUUUAUGUGUUGCUGUCUAACCGUCUCGGGGCGUGGGUGUGCACCUUUCCUCUGACCCUGUCUGCUUUGGCGGAGGAGCGCGAUUGUCAUUCAGGCGGCGUGCGGCUCCUUGGUUGGAUGAGGUCACUAUAAAGCCCCGCCCUGCAUCUCAAGCCCUGAGGUAUUGAUUUCCUUUAAUUGGAUAGACAAAUGAAAAGAGGAGCAGAGUGGGAGAGCAGCCCUCCUCUCCACUGUGGAGCUCUGUCCUUCUUAAAUUUGGUGUGAAAGUUGGUCGUGUUGGAUUCCUCCCCCUGAUGUUCGGGGAAGCGGAGAUCAGUUCUGUGUCUGCUCUGAUUCUGGAUCAGGUUGAUGACACCCUGCAGGAGGGAGCGCUCGUACCUGCGCUCGCCUUAACCUCACCUUGCUUUCUCUUUUCCCCGUCUCACCCCUUUGGCAGAAUGACAGAAUUCCAGUUGUUUUCAAACGUAAGUGGAAAUGUGUUGUUUUCAUAAAGGUCAGGUAUUGUUUAAAACACACUUUGGAGAAGUGUGAAUAUGCAAAUAAACAUUGAUAAGGUCAGCAUUUGAAUAAAGCUGAUUUCAAAAGAAACCUCCUCUGACCUUUUACUCACUUUUUAUUUUGAGUUUCCCUGAAUCACCAAAGAGAUCCCUGAGAAAAAUCCUGCAGUUGUUAAAUUUCUGGCUCUUCAGGUGCCUUUUGUUUCUUUGCUUUCUCUGGACCUUAAACAGAUUUCACACUCUGCCUCGUUGAAUGAGAAGAAGGUCGGUGUGUCUGGACUUUAUAAUGUGAGAAAAUGAGUGAGUCAGUAAAAUGUUAGUGAACAGAAUCAUUAAUUAUGAUCAUCUUUAGGAUAUUUAAUCAGCUAUUUCAGAGCAGCUGUCAGUCGUAAUCAAAACCUCCUUUCAUUUUCUCUGCUUUGGUGUUAUUAUUUAAUCUUACUCUCCAGUUUUAACACCUCAACUGUAUCAACACAGUCUGCUUUGAUUCUGACAAGAUCUUCCCGAGGCAAACACAGAGCUCUUUUAUUUACUCUGCUCAGACUCAGACAGCAGGAAACAUGAAACCGUGUUAAAAAGGUUUGUGAGGAGAGGAGGCGGCGUUUUACUGAAAGAAGAACCAAAAUCUUUUCUCAAUAUUCAGGGCAACAGUCUGUUAUCACUUGAUCACAAACCAUUGCUAUGAUAAUCAAACUGUUGCUAUCAUGAUCAAAUUGUUGCUAUGACAGUCAAAUUGUUGCUAUGAAGAUCAAACUGUUGCUAUGACGAUCAAACUGUUGCUAUGACAAUUAAACCAUUGCUUUGAAGAUCAAACCGUUGCUAUGACGAUCAAACUGUUGCUAUGAAGAUCAAAUUGUUGCUAUGAAGAUCAAACUGUUGCUAUGACGAUCAAACUGUUGCUACGACGAUCAAACUGUUGCUAUGACGAUCAAAUUUUUGCCUUAAAGAUCAAACUGUUGCUAUGACGAUCAAACUGUUGCUAUGACAAUUUAACCGUUGCUAUGAAGAUCAAACCGUUGCUAUGACUAUCAAACCGUUGCUUCGACGAUCAAACUGUUGCUAUGACGAUCAAAUUGUUGCUAUGAAGAUCAAACUGUUGCUAUGACGAUCAAACUGUUGCUAUGACAAUUAAACCGUUGCUAUGAUCAAAUGACGAUCAAACUGUUGCUAUGACGAUCAAACUGUUGCUAUGAAGAUCAAACUGUUGCUAUGACGGUCAAACCGUUGCUAUGGAGGUCAAACUGUUGCUUUGGAGAUCAAACUGUUGCUAUGACGAUCAAAUUGCUAUGCAGGCCAAACUGUUGCUAUGACGAUUAAACUGUUGCCAUGCAGGUCAAACUGUUGCUAUGAAGAUUAAACCGUUGCUAUAAAGGUCAAACUGUUGUUUUAAAGAUCAAACUGUUGCUAUGACGAUUAAACCGUUGCUAUGAAGGUCAAACUGUCCUCUUUAUCCCUGAACAAUGUCUUCUAUCCUUAAAAUUCUCACCCUGCUGGUUUUUACAGUCAAGUUUAUUGUUUUUUUGUAAAUAUUUUAUGUUUAAGAAAAAAAGGGGGGGGGGGGCUGACUCCUCCCACUCAGACUGGUUUUAGAUAUAAAAAUAAAACAUGAUUGUCCUCAAUCAUUCCCUUAAUGGACUUGUUUACUUUUGUACAUCAUAAGAACACAUCAAUAUGAGUUUCAGUCCAUUUUGUGGAUGUCAGAAAACUCCUUACUGGAGCUUUAAUGGCUGACAGGCUGAGGAAGAAAGAGAGAAGGUUACAGGACCAGUGGAGCUGAAUGAAAGAUGUCAAACUAAAGAUGUGACUUUAAUCACAGACCCUGAAGGACAAACUGCGAUCCGGUCGAUGUCCAGUGAUGGUUUGUUUACAAUCACAGAAAAGAAAGCUGAAAUAAGACAGGAGAGGUGAGGGUCUGAAAUCUGUCGGCUUUAUAGAAGUCAACAAAAGUAAAUACAGACUGAGUUUCCAAGGACUGAGAAAAGAGAGAGACAAUGACAGAGAGACAGAAACACAUCAUGCUUGAGAGUCAUGUCUGUAUCUGUAAUCUAGACUCGGUUCUGACCAGACUCUUCUGGGACCAGACUAUCCACUCAGUCUGGGCAAGGUCGCUCUCCCGUAUAUCUCCUUUUUCCGUGCCAAGUGUGUAUAAUAAUGUACGCUUUCUCACCGCCGCGUCAGAGAGAGACACGUGUACUUGGAAUGAGGAAUAACUGUUGUCGUGGUUCAAUAUGUACUGAUGCCUAAAACAUGAUCAAGAGUGAGAGGUGGUCCGCUCUGAGUCCAGGCCCGACCUUCAAGAAGUAGACCUCAGAAACACGAGAGAAACUUUCACAGCAAACGUAAGAAACAGGAACGCUGAGGUCUUUUCUCCUGGAUUUAUCAACUUUAGUGCCUCCAUAGUAAAAGUAUUGUGUAUUUGAAAAGAAUAAACACUGUGAACUCAGCGACCUGUUGCUGGUUGGAGAAAGUGACAGAAUGAGUCAAACCUUCAGGGUGUGGGAGGGAUGUUUGUGUGAAAGUUCCGGUAUUUUACUUCCUUUGUUCGUUCUGCUAAACCGUAGAAAUCUGAUCAAAUUUCAGAGGCUGGCUCCGGUGGACGAGUCCUCCAGGAAGCUGUUGUUGCAGGUCAUCUGGCUGCGUUUCAGGUCCCGACAGUUCUUGGACCGGCUGCUGUGGCAUCUGGAAACUGUUUAGAGUUCAUUUCUGCACAAAACUAAAAUUUGUUCGACCCACUUUUUUGGUCCUAAAAUUGAAAUCUUGGAGAUCUCUGCUCUUGUUUUGAUGUUGUUGUCAUUGUGUGUUUCAGAUGACGUUCAAGUUAGUUCUUUGUUGAUUGUUCUCAUGCUGUCGUAGGAAUCUGGAUUUUCUGGGAGGGUUGAGGGAGACGUUUGGUAUUUUAAAGAGAAUGUUGACUUGAGAAGAGGCUUUAUCAAUAUCAAGUGGAGCAUUUAGAGGGUUGAACUCCAUCCCGUUCACGACUCUCAUGGUCAGAAUUUCUAGGUGCAGCCAGAGCGUUGAGGGGGUCAGGUUUGGUGGUCUCAGGAUUGAGUCACUGCUUUAUGCAGAUGAUGUGGUCCUGUUGGCUUCAUCGGGCCGUGACCUUCAGCUCUCUCUGGAUCGGUUCACAACUGAGUGUGAACCUCUCCAGGUCUGGGAUCAGAUCCUGCUCUAAGUGGAGGAGUUCAAGUAUCUCGUGGUGAAGAAGGAGCCGAACUGAAAGUCAAAGCUCUCGUUUCCUAGAUAUGUUCCUUCCCUCACCUACGAUCACGAGAAAGAGCGAGAUUGCGGGUUCAAGCGGCUAAAAUGAAUUUCCUCUGCAGGGUCGGCCGAAGGUCAUCCAGGAGGGGCUGGGAGUAGAGCUGCUGCUCCUCCAGGUGUUCAGGGCAAGUCCCACUGAUAGGAGACCACGGGGAAGACCCUGGAACACCUCGAGGGAUGAGGAGGAAAGUCUGGGCUUCCCUGCUGACCUGCAACCCGACUUUAGACUAACGUUAGAAGAAAGAGGGAAUUUCUCCAGAUAUGAACUUUUGGAUAAAUUGAGGUCGCACCUUUGGGAAUAAGCGUUUGUCACAUUUACAGAGAGCUCAUAGUGACCUCUCGUGUCCUUUAUGUAGACAAUCGAAUAAACAACAGACCUGGACAGAGAUGGUUUUAUAAUUCAGUCCAAACGCUGGAUCUUCUGGCAGUAAAAGCCUCUCUCUCUCUCUCUCUCUCUCUCUCUCUCUCUCUCUCUCUCUGUCUUUCUCUCUCUCUGUCUUUCUUGUUCCAGCACUUCUUUAUCUCUGACCCUGAGCGCAGCUGCCUCACUUUGGCGUUAAUAACCUUUAUGUACAGCGUGUAAAUCUGUCGUACCUUUUCGCCGCCGUCUCCGUGAGGGUCGGUGUGUUUUUUUCCUCCUUUCGUAGUUUUUUCACCCUGAACGUGGUGUUUUUUCGUCUCCUAAAGGCCUUCAUCAACAUUCGACGUCUGAUAAUAGGACAAACUUUGGACCCUGAGGUCUCCAUGGUAACCAUUCACACCGCUUUAUUCCUUUGAUGUAUGUGUUCCAUGUUCCCAGAGCCCCGGCCGUUUCUGGAGUGGCACGCAUACACACGUGUUGGUGUGUGUGUGAGUGUGUUGGUGUGUGUGUGAGUGUGUGUGCCUGUGAUGAGAGUAGCAGCCCGAGGAUAUGGCAUAGCUUUCAGACAGCCGCGCAGGGAAAGAAAUCGCCAGGGACUGUCAGGAAAUAGAGCCACAGAGUGCGGCGGUUAGACGGAGCGAUGGACAGACGACAUCAGACGAAGCCUCUGGUCCGUUUCACCGCCGCGUUCACGACGCUCGGGGCGUGAAGGUUGAUUUAGAGCAAAAACAAGAACAGAGAAAGACCAUAAACGUGUCGUUUUGAUGCGUCCUUGAUGUGUCACAUGAUCUCGUCUGUAUCUGUGGAAACGAGUGUUUGGAGUCAGAGGAGUCGGUGUUCAGUUUGUUUUUGUCAUCAUCAGAUUUGAUCGGCGUUCACUGAGGCGUAUUCGAAGGUCAAAACAGUGAGAAAGAUAUCAAACAUGCAGACUCCAUCUUUAGUUUCUAAACUUUCGUCCGGUCCAGGACUUUCAGUAAAUCUUUUUUCUGUUUAUGUAAAUGUUUCUACGUUUCUGUCCGCUCUUCAGAACCUCUCAGGUUCUGUUUGCCUGUUUUGCUCCCUCACUGCUGCUCUCUCUCUCUUUUUCCGCUCUCUCUCCACGCUCGGCUUGUUUGUUGAUCUUUCUCACUGUUGCUCUCAUUUCUGCAGUUGUUGUUAUCUUGCUGUUUUCACUCUCUUAUAUAAAAAACUUUUCUUGCAUAAUAAAAACAACAAAAAAGCAGCUAUAGCAUCAUUUAAACAUUAAGAUGUUCGUUUUACCUCGAGGAAGAAGCUGGGAAUGAUUUUCUCAGUAGUUGUUCACUAGAAGAAACCGUCCAUGAGGAGUCGGGUCGCGGGAGCAGAAGUGUACUCCGGGCCCGGUCCAGUUAGAAGUACAUGAACCCUGACAACUUAAAGACGUACUUUAAAUGUAUUUUCUUUUUCACACCUUCACUCAUGAACGCUGCACUUAAUGGACUGUGUGAUAUAAACAAGAAAGACCAGGAACAACUGAGUCAAAACACGACUGUGUACACUCUAGUGUUUGUGUUUCCACCUCGUACUUUAAUUAUCUAACAACCUCAGCAGCUCUGCAGAGUCUGGUCCCAGAUAUCCACGAGUUCUGGACGUUAAGAUUCUGUGUGUUUCAUUCGGAUACGCAAAAGCUCAAAAUCAUUGAAGCCGUUUACAUGUGUGUGAUGUGUGGCCUUAACAUGAGACCAGCUGGACCAACAUCGACUAAGAGGUGGUGGACGCCGACACAAUUUUUAACCGUAGUUAUAAAUUUAUAAAGUUUUAGUUUGUGUUUCAGCUGGAAACACUCACAGAACCAGUGAGUCAGGCUAAAACUUCCAGUUCUUCUCUACUUCCUGUUUUUGAAGUAUCAAAACUUUACAAACUACUUCCUGUUAUCACCACUUAUAACCUGCAGGGUUUCUGCUGAUCUUAAAAUGUCUUAAAAUUUCUAAAAUACAAUCAUUUGAAUUGAAGGCCUUAAAAUGUCUAAAAUUCUCUUAAAACCUCAAAAAAUGUCUUAAAUACGCAUUUAAAAGGUCUUAAAAAUGUAUUGAUGUUACUUAAAAAUCAACAAGUUGAAGUUUGUUUAAAAAGUCUUUUGUUAUUUUUUGCCCGUAUGGAUGUAAAAUGGAUCUUAAAUUGUAUUUAUUUUGGUCUUAAAAUAAUCUUAAAAGUCUUAAAACAUCUUUUAGCGCGCAGAUGGCGGAGCGGGUUAGUGCGCCCCUUACAUGGAGACCUCGGUCUCCACAUUGGUCACGAGUUCGAGUUAGGCCCCGACCCUGUGCCGCAUGUCCUCCUCUCUCUCUCUGUCUCCCAGUAUUUCACUGUGUCCUGUCAAUAAAAAGGCUAAAAUCACAAACAAAGAAAAAACAACAACUUUAAAACGUCUUUAAUCCAAUAAUUUGAAUUUAAAGCUUUAAAAAUGUCUAAAAUUCUCUUAAAACCUCAUAAAAUGUCUUCGAUACACAUUUAAAAGGUCUUAAAAAUGUAUUAAUGUUACAUAUCAAGAUUGAUUUGAAAUUUAAAAUGUCUUUUGGUUUUUUUUGCCAGUCUGGAUGUAAAAUGGAUCUUAAAUUUUUUCAUUAUGGUCUUAAAAAAAGUCUUAAAAACUCUUAAAUUUGACUUGUUGAAACCCUGAUAACACUAACCCGUCCUCCUGUUACAGGUUUUAAAAAUGACGAAACUCUUGUUUGUUUGUUUGUUUGUUUGUUUGUUUGUUUGUUUGUUUGUUUGUUUGUUUGUUUGUUUGUUGGUUGGUUGGUUUGUUUGAAGAUGCGUCUCUGUGACUCCACACAGGAGCUUUAAAUCAUCGUUUCACCUCCAUCACAAACUGGAGAAGAAGAAACUUUUCAAAGACUGAACUCCUUUACGUCUGAAAUAUUCUCCAUGAUAAGUCACUUAAAUACACAGAAAUGAAAUAACACCGUGGCGGCAGCUCCAAGUAACCUCGACCAAUCCGACUGGAGGCCUCUGCUGCUGCUGCGUGUCAUCCUCCGUCAGCAUCCACUUGACUGUGCGCUGCGAGAGUUCCCGCCAUUACCCUGGAAACGAUUAAAAGCGUCUCAUUUCCUCCUGAGCUCGAACAGUUUGUCCUCGAGUAAUAAAAAAGCUUUCACCCCCGAGGUGAUCUCCACACAUCUGAAAAAACCGAUGACGUGAUUUUCUUUUCUUUAAACCCCAGAUUUAUUCUUUUAUUUUCUUGUGUGACUUUAUUUCGGCGGCGAUGGUCAGAUCAGUGAAUGUAAAAUUUCUCUCUGGUGCUUCAAAAACAGCUUCAGCAUGUUCACUUAGAGAGGAUGAUGAUGGGACUCCUGGUGUAAAAAAAUUUUGGUGUUUAACGAACUUCUGCUGCAUGAAAGAAAUCCUCUCCGAUAAAACCAGAUCCAGUCUUUUGAAGUGAAGACGAGCGCCCGACUAUCUCUGCUUUAAUCGAUCAAUAACCCCCAAAAAAUCUCCUCUGCAGCUUUUUCAGCUCGAUGUGGACUCUGCCCUGAAUCUGCAGAACUUUGGGAGUAUUUCUGUUCACAUGUUGAUGAAAAAAAAGAGCGAGUCAUCCCUCUUUCUUUCUCUCUCUCUGUCUCUCUGCAGGUGGAGCGUUGUGCAGCCAGCUUGCAAAUGUCAUUAGUUCAGUUAUCCUCUCCUGUCAGCCAUUAGAGAUUUGAGGUUGUUCACACUGAAGUGAAGAGCUGAGCUCACCUCGUCUCGAUGUGUGUGAGGAAACACUCUAAUUAGUUUAUCAAGUCGGAUUUACUCUUUCCUUUUUUUCUCUAUCUUCUUCCUGCUCUUGUGCGGCAGAAGUUUAUGUGACGUUUGAAGGGAAAAGUGCUGAGUUUGAGCGUCAACGUUGUCUUUAAACGAGUGUCCAUAUAGGAAACAAUGUGGUUGAGGAUUCAUCUCUCCGUUAAUCUCCUCCCAUUCUUUCUUUUGUCUGCUAAUCUCCGUUUCCCCUUCGCCAUCUGCUGCAUAAGCCUCCUCCAGAUAAUUAUCAAAUAAAGAUCUGAUUCUCUUCCACACAUUGACACAGGACAUUUCUCAGACGUCUCCAUAUCUGCGCCGCCUGCCGUGGGACUCUGCUCCUCUCUCCCUCCCUCUCUCCCUCCCUCCCUGCGUCGCUUUAAUUACUUUAUCCCUCCUUUCUCUCCUCAUCCCUUUCUCCUUCACUCCACCGCCCCGAGCUGCUCCUCAUUCCUUUUAAUUAAUCCACACAGAUUUAGACACCUUCACCCUGCUGCGAAUGCUCACACACGCACAAACACACACGUACACACGCACGCACACGCUCGACAAUCCCCUGUGGACGAUAACUUGAAGUGAUCUUGCCUCACUUUGAAAGUUCGUCUCUGGAGAUGGAAGUGGAGGGAAAACCUCUUUCCUCCGGUUUGAUGUUUGUGUGUCUGUGUUUGUGUUCUUCGCAGAGCUCCUCCAGCGGAAGCAUGCAGCUCAUGGAGACCGAGUUCUCCAAAACUCUGGGCGAGAUGGUGACGCUUCACCUGCAUCACCAGAAGAGCAUCCCCGCGUUCCUCUCCGCCGUGACCCUCGACCUCUUCAGCCGCCAAACCAUGAUCUGAGCUCCUCUGCGUGUUUCCACUCAGACUCUGAAAUGUUUCUCUGAAUCUGGAAAUCUCCCAUCAUGCAUGCAGAGGGUUAGUUCAGCGUCUUUCUGCCCCUAUUUGUACUCUCAAUAUUUCAUCAACGAACUCUGAGGAGUAUGAGAGCGAGGUUGUUUUAAAAUGAAGCACAAAAGCCACUUAUUUGUUCUCGCAGCUUGUUUCUGUGGUUUUUGUGUUUUUCCAGAUCUGCAGUCGAUGUGUUUUGCAAGGCUAAGGCUUUGUUGACUCUUCUCUCUCUCUUCUGUUCUCUCUCUCUCUCUCUCUGUGUCUCUGGGGCCUCUUCACAAAAGGCUGCAUAGAUGCUUUGUGGUUACAGCGAGUCCAAACCAGUUUAAAGAUAUUGUUUUUGCUUUUUCCUCUUUUCUUUUAGAAACCACAUUUAGAAGUUUGGUCUCAUUCAAUCAUCACUUUUUUUUUUAGUUUUUUGUAAAUCUUUGAAUAUUUUUCUUGUUCAAUUAUUAAACGUGUGAAAGUGGAGA